CGAACAAGCACACUAGCGGCGCACGGCGUACCGCACUGCCGCCGAAUUCGUUCAGUAGCACCGUAAACCCCGGACGCGCCGUUUCGUGUUCGACCGUCGCCUGUCCGUUUCGCCGUUCAGACAGCGCGAUUUUCGUGCGAUCGUUCGCGUCCCGAAAACGACGGUGCAGUACCUCGCCCGCCUGCACAAGCAUAUCGCGGCCGCGUUUGACAAAACGAUAACCGCGUUGUUACGUGACCGCGGCGCUCGUCUCGUGCAAAUGACGUCACGACGACGGUGGUCGCGUGAGUCCGCAACGACCCUCUAAGGGCUUCCGCGCACCGGGGCUCGCGUUAGGCGUUAACCUGACACCUACCCUACGGUGGUACGCGCCGAGAAUAGGGGCCCGAGUGCGAUAGCGACACACCGGCUAUAUAACAAUUGUGCCAUACCCGCCGACAGUCGAAAACUACGUCGCCGCCAUGCCCACCGUCAUAUCCAAAUACCUGCAGGACGGGGCCAUCAUGCGCCGGGACAACGUGAGUAAAGGCGUGCUGGCCGUGGCCGUGCUGCUGUACGGUUGCAAGAUCGGUUACCCGAUCGUGAUGAAGGUUUGCAGUGGCGCCGCCGGCGGUGGUAGCGACGGCAAAGGAGCCGACAGCGGUCGACGGCCGUCGGGCGAGACCACCGACAACAAUAACGUCAACAGCGUUAAAGGUUCGACGUCGCCGGUUGUCGUGGUUAACGGUAAAAAACCCGGCACGGCGGUGGCGGCGGCCAAGAAAGCGGCAAGGGUAGCCGGCGUGAGCCCGGGCAUCGACCGCGAGUUUCUGGUCCAGCUGAAGAAGCUCCUCCGGCUAAUGGUUCCGGGUUUUUGGACGCCCGAGGUGGGUCUGCUGUCCAUGCACACGUUCGCCCUGAUCUGUCGUACGUUCAUGUCCAUAUUCGUGGCCACUAUGGAGGGCAAAAUGGUCAAGUACAUCGUCCGCCGGGACGUGCCAAACUUUGGACUAAUGCUGCUCAAGUGGCUCCUGUGCGCCCUGCCCGCCACUUUCCUUAAUUCCAUGAUCCGGUACUUGGAGUGCAAGCUCGCCCUGGCUUUCAGGUAUUGAUCAUAUUUGUGUAUUAUUAUUAUGUCACGCGUCCAAUUAAGGAUGCUGUUCGGAUGGUCCCUUUUACAAAAGUACGGUGAAUUUUAGCAGGAUGUAAAAUAUAUAGGAUUGAAUGUAAUCGGAUGAAAUCGGGCUACCGAGUGAUAAGAGGAUUCCAAAUAAGUUGAAUGGUGAUUUUUACAAAACUCGUGAGAUCGAUGAUAUAGCAGUGAUAGGAAUGUUUAAAUGGAUGGUCGGAGUCACUACGGAGGAGAAUAGAACAACAGCCGAGUUUAUAAGGGAGUAGCAUAGACGUUGUGUCGGUAGUCGAUAGAUGAAAAAGAUAGACCGGAAUGGUUGGAAACGUGAUGAGUAGAGGCCGUAAGAGUUAAGGUUGAACACGAUGUGGGAAACAGAGUCGAGUGAAGAUGUAGGGCCAAGGUGAUCGACCCCAAUUAGUUGGAAAAAAAUGAUGGGCAAAAAAGAUAUAUUAUCACAGCAUAUUACACUGUUGAUGCGUUAUUGUCACAGUGGUAAACUGGACCGGCGUUAAGAAAAAAAGUCGUUAACACGUAAAUCAUUAAAUGUUACGCGCGAUGCCUUGAUUUUUACGAAUUUCGUCAAAAUUUGAAUUAAAAAUGUUAAAAAAAAAAAUAUAUAUAUAAAACUAUACUAUAUGUACUAUAUUGUACAAGAGUUAUUUAAUUUAUAUACGCACGCUUUGAUACAUCAUUGUGAACAAAAAUAGAUUCUGAGCGAAGUUAAGUUUAAUAUGUUUCGAUGAUUUUCUUGAAAAUUAUAUAACUAUAAAAUAAAUUAAUACACAUGAUUUUAACAAAUUUAAUCAUCUUAAAUUUGAACUUAAAACGUUGAUACAAUUAAAUUCGAGAUUAAAUAACAUUUGAAUCCACAAAUAACAAAGAAAAAAGAAAAAAAUUCGAAAAUUGACAUCUACUAAAAAUAAUACCUCAAAACACGGUAAAAUUCUUUGUAAAUUGAACCACGUAUAAAAAGUACUAAAAUAAGUUAUUUGUAAAAGUUGCAGGUCUUUGCGAUUCACUUUAACUGAAUUAAAAAAAAAACGAAAAAGAAACUAUAAAAUCGAAAAUAACGGGAACCGUUACAUGUUCCCGAUUCCUCUCAUUGUUAAAAACAACAACAAAAAAAAAAAAUACCUCCUUAAUGUACUAACUAGACAAAGUUUCCGACCGGAAAGUUUCUAUAUUAAGUUUUUGUUCGGAGCUAACUUAUUGUUUAUUUUCAAAAAUUGAUUAAAAGUCGAGCAGUCACUAAUUUUGCCCGCUGGACCUAAUCAACCCGGCCCGCCGCUGUCGAUUUAAGUUGACCGGGCGCCCCAAACAUAAACUUUAUGCCGUCCGGAAUAAAAAGUAACCCGAACUUAUAUUUACGGCUCGAAAAAGGUUUAUUUGUAAAACGUUACCUUCUUAUAAUAUCAAGGGAUGCCGUUGAAUCACAGUUUAUUUAGUAGGUACUUAAGACGGUUGUUUUUUGAUAUCCCUUGAAGUUUUUUUUUAAAUAUUGUUGGGGAAAAACGUAGGGGAAACGGGAAAGUUUACGGUUUCGUUAUUUUCGAUUUUAUUUUUUUGUUUGAAUUUUGAUUUUUCUAGACAAUGUGGUAACAUUUUCAAAAUUUCCGGCGAUGUUUUGAUUAUUUAUAGGCAUUUGAUAUUUUCGAGAUUUUUUUAGUUUUUUUUACGAUCUUACGUAAUAUCGUUUCGCUGAACAGAAAUGUUUGAAAAUUCGACAAAGAGUCCAUCGUAAGUCAUACCUGGUUGUACCAAAAAAUCGAGCCUUAUGUUGUAUAUUUUUUUUUUAUAAGGAUUAAAUCAUUUUUCCCGCUUAAAUUUUGACGAUUUUAUAGAUUUUGUGUUUAAGAUCUGAAAACCGCAAAUACCGUGGCAUUUAAAAACAUUAUAUUUAAUCGGCCUUCGCUCUGAUGCGUACUGAUACGUACAGUUGCGUACAGAUACACAAUGAAUAAUUUGAUGAACCCUACCAUCCCAAUUAUACAAUACUGGCGCACCCAUCAGCAUUAUCGGUUUUUUAUUAUUUUUUUUUUUAUUUUUAUAUACCCGACGGACAAACGGUUAACAGAGGUAAACUUGGGACUUUGAAUCGGCACAUAUAAUCGACUAAAUAAUAUUAUUAUUUCAUCCCGGUUUCGUGCGUCGUUGUGAUAAUAACAAUAAUAAUAAUCACGUCUAUUGUGUUCGCCUGUUUAUAAAAAAAAAACAAAAAACACAAUAAUUUUCGUAUACUGUACGCUAUACGGUGUAUAGUGCGACGGGGUUAUAAUAUUAUUUUGAUUGUAACACAACAAAGAGCGCGUGACUUAGGUUAUAAUGACGUACGGACGAGCGGAAGUGAUUCGCUGAUUAUCAUUAUACAGAUAAUACGAUAUUAUUAUUGUUACAUAGCGAUGCAGUUCCCGUACAUUUUACACAGGAACAGUGUGCCGCCAAAGCGAAAAUUAAAAGAAAAAAUGGUCGCUGAUGGGGGUCCCGUUGUUUUUGGAGGGAAGUUAGAACGGUGUAUAAUAUGUGGAGUCGUUUAAUCGUGAUCUGUACGCAACGAUAAACCCCAUUGGUAAUGAAAGACGAUUGCAAACAGAGAAUAUUAGUAGUGGUACGUUUCCCUUGUUGCCGAUGUAACCGGGAAGUUAUACAAAAUGUUUCCAGUUUUUCCCCGUUCGUUAAGAAAAACUACGAGAAGAAUAAAAAAAAAAAAAAAAAAAAAAACAAAAAACCAUCCUCUUAAAGUACCUAGUUAGAUUGAAAAUGCUAUAAGAAAGUAUUUGACUGGAGCAAGAUUUUCUGGAGAAAAACUUGUUUACUACGGACACAAACACAUCGUGGCGCGACCGAAACAGUCUUCGCGUCACAGUCCGAAAAGUAGAAAAAAAAAAAAAAAAAAAUUAAGUUUCGAACAGAGAACAAAAAGAGUACUAGGGCUAAGUUAAUCGAUUCUAACACGAAGAAAGAGAGAGAGAGAGAGAGAGAGAGAAAAAAAAAUGAAAAUUAAACAUUAAUCGUUUCAUUGAUAUUAUAAUUGGUGUCUAUAUUUAUCUAAUUUUAUAUUUCUGUAUAUAAUUAAAACGUUCAAACGAGUACGUCGCUAAGGAUGUUUUAAUAACUAUGUAUAUUUACAUAAUAUUUUAUGAUAGAUAAUAAUACUAAUUAGUCGUGAACAUAAUGUUUCGGGUAUAAUUUUCAAUACUCGUUUGAGCUCUUUGUAAUGGCAGGUACUUGUAGUUUACAUUUCCCUCUCCCCCCCCUUCGCACUAUAUUUAUUAUUAGGGCUGCGAAUUCGUAGGAAAGUGUAUUUAUUUUUUUCUUUAACAGAUUGUGAAAGCUGUGUUUACAGCUUACUAAAUACAUAAUUUGAAUUAUGUAACAACAAAAUUGAUUUAUGAAACUUUUAUUUUGCAAAUUUUUUUUUUAAUUUUUAAUAUCAUAUUUUGGAAUUUUUAAGUAAAAUUUCCCUUCAUAUUUUCCGUUAUUUUUAAUCAAAUUCCGUCAUUUAACAUCUUUACACAUAUUUUUUUGUUUUACACAAGCUCUGUACGGAUUAAGUAAAGAUAAGGGAUUCGAUAAAUAAGAAAAUAUUUCUUAGAUUAGUGAUUUGUAGGCUUACGAUAUAUCGGUAUCAGUAACAUCAAAAUAAAUAUAAAAAUUAAAUUGAAAACCAUUUUAAGUGCAUUUUAUCUUACAUUUUUUGAGACUUUAAAUGCAUAUUUUAUUGCAUUUUUUGACAAUUGUCGUGCAUUUUUUUAAUGUUUUUCACGGAAUUAAAUUCGCAGCCCUAUUUAUUAAUAUAUACAGUACUCUCGACAAUUCGAAGAACUGUAUAAUUCGAAUUAAAAGCUUUUUAGCUGUUAUACGAGGCGUGUCCAGAAAGUAAGAGUACGGUUGGGCUGUCAUGUUGUGACCAUUUUUUUCUUUUAAAAUUUGGCAACACCAAGUGGUAGUGGGAGGUUUUCUGAACAUAACGAGCAACGGCGACCCUCCCUAGCACCAAAACUCGCCUCGUAGUGAUUUUUCUGUGAAAUGUGACAGUAAGAAAUCCCGCCAAGUGCGAGGUGCACGCUAUCAAAAAGUUCCUUUUCGGGGAAGGAAAAGUGCCGAGCUCCAUUGUGACCGAUUAUGAAAUAUGGAAGGUUCAUUUUACCACUGAGACAAAAAGACACAUCAGUGACGGCACACGGGUUCUCCCCAUUACCUAAAAAACCUUGUCAUCCGUGUUGUGGGACCGAAAAGGGAUAUUUUAAACCACCCUGCUUAUUCGCUGACUUGGCGCCUACAGAUUUUCAUGUUUUCGCGUUCCUGAAGGUGGCGGCGAGUAAAAAUUCAUCGUCUGUUAUUAUUGUUAUUAAUCUAAUUUUAUCCGAUAUUCUUAAAUAAUAAUAUAAUUAUAAACUGUAACUAUAAAAAGAAAUCCGCCGACAGUCGAUGGAGUCGGUAGUUCUAGUCCGAUCUACUGCAGUAUAAAAACCGAUACAUAAUCCGUUUUCGUAGUUUUUAAAUAUCACACGCGUUUUGAUGAAGUUGUUUUUUAUAAUAUCGCAAUUGGUCCGAAAGAACGGUGAAAUUUUCUUUUCGCUAAAAACUGGAUGGCAAUGAAUGCGAUGACGGCAACAUUUUAAAUCGUAUUACGCAAAUACCCGACACCGUUUAGCAUUGUGAGUGUGUAUAAUAGUGUGUAGCUCGACCACGAUUUAUUUUCGUGGGAACUAUUAGAUUAAACGAUAUUAUACAUUUCGAAAUCCUCGGUUAUUUUUAUGAUAACUGUUAGUGCAUUAUUAAUAGUAUUAUUGUUAUUAUUAUAAUACAAUAUUGGAUAACAUAUCCCACAAAAUUUUAAAAUUAAAUGAAUCGUGAGACUGCUGAUACACGCGUAGACGUCGUUUCAACGUCAGUUAUACACUGCGACGAACGUACCAAAAUUGGUAGAUUGACGAGGAAAGGAAUUGUUUUCAAAAAAAGAAUACAAAUGUUUCGCUUCAGUUCUUCAUUGAGUAAUAAUACGUAUUUCAGAUUUCCAAUAGGUAAAUGAUAUUUUCGAGGAGUUUCGGAGACAUUUAAAUUAUGUUAAAUUUGAUUUCAAAUGUUAAAUAGGAUUGCUUAAAUCAAAAGAAAAUAAUAUCGUUUACCGUUGCGAAAAUUCAAACGUUAUGACCGAUUUACUGUUUAACGAUACAUUUAAACGUUACGAGUAGUUUAGGGGUGAACGUUAUAAAAAAUUGAAACGUUAUUUAAUUCGAGUGCUUAAACGAUAUGAAAACUUAAACGUUUAUAAAAUUUCCGUUUAAGGUUUAAAUGUUAAUCGACUUUAGCGUAUAACGUUUGAGAGAUUUUUUUUAAACUUAGUGUUAUAUUAAACUCGUAUAAUUUAUUGGCUAUCAAAUAUAUUUUGCGUUUUAACAUCGAAUUUAAAAUUUAAACGUUCAUUUUUAUAUUCUUUUAAAAUAAAUUAAUCAUUUUAAAUGGUUUACUAAUAUUAUUUUUUUUCGUUCAUAGUAAUUUUGAACUCUGAAGUUAUACACUAUUAAACAUAAUAAAAAAUAUAUAAAUUGUAAUACACAAACAUGAUGACCCGAUAUAUUAUAAGUGGUAUGUAAAGCAUGUGCGAUAACAAAUUAAAUUUUGUAACAAAAAGUAAAAACAAAUUAUUGUAUAACGAGAUAGAAAUAACGAAGUUCCUUCAAUUCUGACAGUUUGCAACUUGUGUAUUUAAUAUUUAACCAAUUCCAAAAAAUACUGUUAUGACAACAUAAAUGUAACCAGGAAACACGGUAACAUAAACUAUAAAAUAAAUUGUAAAAUUAUAUUUUUUAAAAAUUUUUAUUUCAAUUUAAAUUAAUGAAUUUCAAGGUUCAACUUUAAUUGUAAAAGUCAUUAACAAUUUAUUCCGAUUGAACGUCUCUGAUCAGAUGAAAUUAAUUUUAAACCCGAAAUACUUUGCCCUACACUCACCUAAACAAAAAUAAUCGAUUUAAAAACUAAUCGAUAGUACGCGAUCUACAGUACAGUAAACCUUAUGUUCGCCAAACAACCGAGAAACUGCCUGUUAUGUUCCGAUCGUUUAUCGUUUUCUGUUACGUGAGCUGUUAUCCGUUUCAAUCGCUUAUCGUUUAUCGAUAUGUUAUCAGUUAUAUCGAUUCAAGUAGUUUUUAGAAUCUCUAUGGAGCCCUGGGUAAAAGUCGCGAACGCGGUCGGAAAAUAGGAAAAUCGUACGUUUGACAGCGAAUUGAAAAUUAAAUUAUCUAUAGGCGGUGAAUUGAAAAUAAUAUUUCGUACAACGAACGUUUUACAUAUAAUAAGUACCACGCAAUAUUCAAGGUACUCUACAAAAAAUUCGGAGCAUUUUUACUGACCGAAAAAAUGUUGUCUGAGAGAAUAAAUCAGACCUUGGUAAAAUCAUAAUUUCUUUGUUAUACCCAGAUUCUAAAACAGAAAGUAGUUGAUGACAUUAAAUAUAAUUAUGCGUUUUUCGAUUAGAGGUUUGCCAACAAUCUCGAGUAGAUUAUCGGACUUCACGAUGACCGGCUCGCGAAUAACAUAUUAAUUUUGUACCAGUAUUUUACCAUAUUGACGUACACUGUGCGUUUUGUUGUGUGCAUAUUAUUUUGCUCCAAAUAACCUACAAUGACAUCGAUCGCGAACUGGGUGGCAAUGCUCGCGCGCUUCUAUAUUGGUACCUAUUAUAGUCUAUAUAAUCAUUGACGUCUAUUGUUAUACCAGUUAUAAUAGUGUUUUAUUUUUACGUGAGCAUAUUUAAAAAAAAAAAAAAAUUUAGUAACCUAAGCUGAAUGAAAUUGUUUAAUUUAUGUCUGCAAGCUACGAUGAAUCACCGUUAACGCGUUAUGGUUCUAAGAGAAGCUGUUUUAAAAAAAAAAAAAAUUUUUUUAAAAAAUUCUGUGAAGUAUGUUGAUGUAUUACGUACAUCUGUGAAAAGUUGGGAAGGCAAGAUAUAGAGGGGAAUUUAAUGUACAUGUAUCUAUACGCAAUGAUCAAUCUUUGCCUUAUACUCAAGAUUCAAAUACGAUUUUUUUUUUUUUUUUUUUUGUUUUCAAAUUUAAAACAAUACGAUUUUCGAGAUUUAGUGUGGCGCCAUACGGGCACACUAAGCUAUUGCGUAAUAUUGUAUGCAAAUAUGAAUAUAUAAUAUGCAGGUAUCAAAUAAAUAUACGUUUUUUUUUUUUUUUUUUUUUAAUAAUAAUAAUUAUUUUUUUACCGGUGGAACCGUUCGGAAACGCCCGGCGGAAACGGGUUAAUGAAUUGUACGUUGUGAUUUAUGAAAUAUUUACAUCUAUACAUUUAAAAUCGCAUGUAUAACGCGCAUGUCUGCACUCUCUCGACACAGGCUGCAGCGGCGGCCGACGUGCAACAGAAGCCUUUGCGGUCGUGGAUUUCGAGGACUGUCGCGACAGCGACCGGGUGUUCGGUGCGGCGCGCAACGGGUACCACGACGGGCGUACAAUUUACGCAUUUACAACGCGUUAACACUCGGAUGUAAUGGUAUUCCGUUUUGUACGGAUUUCUCACCCGCGGCCGCCAGCCACCGCCGCAUCGUAACAUUAUUACGAUAUUAUCCGAUUCCCCGAUAAUAUCUGCCCGUCUCGCUUUUACUCUCGACGGUCCGCGUAUGAUAAAAAUAUCGUACUUUCUUCGGGGGGGGGGGAGGGGGGACCGGAGCUCCGUUAUGCACGCUCACACGCACACUCGCGCACACACACACACUCGCGCUCGCACACACACACACACACAUACACACACACACACACACGCGCGCGCGCAAGGCGCGUUCGCACGCCGACAACGGGACCGUAAUAAUUAUUAUUUUUUAUGCAGCUGUAUAACAUUACUGUGACGCGUAAUUACAUAAUUCGUACACGGCCAAAGGUGUACUGCACGGGCGUAUGUAUAAUGGUUUUAACGACGUUUUUAAAAAAAAAAAAAAAAAAAACACCGUAAACCCAUCGACUCUGCGAAAAAUAUUCAAAUUCGCUUUCUAAUGUAAUAUUUUACGCGUGCAGUCCCGCGCGUCGCCGUUGUCGUUUAUCGAGUAUUAUAAAUUGUGUUAUUCGUUCAAAAACAUUUCGCCACAAAUUUCAAGUUUUUUUUUUUUUUUUUUGGAUUGCGUCAUGCACCUAUAUUAAUUUCGUACGAAACAGUUUGUACGUGUAAUACUUUUGCGCGUCCGUAAACAUUUUCUCCAGGAAUCGGUCUGUAUUGAAACGAACGAAGAGGAGAAAAUUACAGCAAAAUGUUUAACACGCCGCACCAAGCCUAUCGCCAUGUAUACGGGGAGGCGUUCUCGUUACUUUUAUAGCAGCGGCAUUUCUCGAUCCGAUCGUAGAAUCUGUUAUACCCGGAAUAUUCUAUUGUAAAGCGUACGUGGUAAUUUUUGUAUUUUCAGUUCUUUUAUUAGCAACAUAUUUAUCGAAUCGAGUAAUCGAAUUAUCACCCCGUAAACAAACGUAAACAUUUACGUAGCACUAAGAAUUUACUAACAAAAAUAAAUUUCCAAUGACCUGGAUAAUGACGAUCUUUAUCAAAGAUUUUGUAUCUUUUGAAGCGAGAAAAAUGCCGUUUUAAUUUGAUAUUCUGUACAUUCUGUUAUUAUAUUUUGUUCUUUGUUAAUUUUUUUCUUGGAAAACACCGUCGAAUACGUAUAAUACGUGCACGUUUUAUUAACACAGAAUACUAAUAAACCGGAAAAAAAAAAGGAAAGUAUGAAAAUAGACGAAAUAUAUAUAUAAAAAAAAAAAAGAAGAUAAAUAACGGCUAAAAAAGCAAAAUAAAGUUUCUUCUACGUUUACUGAUCACGCGCACCUAGCAUAAAACGCAUUUACAGUCGACGUUGCAUCAUACCGAACCAAUUAAAAAAUAAACAAUGAAAACGCCUACGACAUCCGAAGUCUAUGUGACAAACCCAAUCGUCCGUUUUAUUCGAUCAAAGACUGCGCGGGGCGCUAUUAAAUAGUUCAAAAUCGUUGACGGCCCUGUCGUUAAAAAACAUUAGCUCCCCCGGAAUCGUAGCGGAUUACACAGGCGUGGAGAAGACGAUCCUGUCUACGCUAUGGCCCUGUACGCCGCAUUUAUUGAUUUUCACACGCGAGGGCGUUUUAUUGUACUCGCCAGCGUUUUCGAAUACAAUAUUGCGCUUGUUCGAUUAUCGAACCGUAGAAAUAUCGAUAACCGUGAUAAAUACGGGUACCGCCGUGUAUGUAUCAGACGCCUACAUUAUGUCUUAUUUGUAUAAUAAUAAUAUUCGUAUUAAUAAUAAAUGUUUUGCUAAACUGCAGUAGUCUCAGCGUCGUCGUGACCUCAGAGCAGCCGCGUUACAGUGAUCAAUAACACUCCGGGAAAAGACGAUUGUCUCUAUUGUUUUUGUUUUUCUCUUCUCUUUAUUUUCAAAAUUACUUUUGUCUUUUAAAUCUCGUGUUUUGUACGCUAUUGUUUUUUUUUUUUUUCAAAUACAAGUCUCGUAAACGACGAAAACUCACUUCGGGUGCCUUCAAUACGUAUUUAUACGCGAAAUUCCCUAUAUUAUUAUCAUUUCCGUUUUUUAAACGAACGUAUAUUAAAAUACUUGUAAGUGUUUGAUAAUAUCUUCGUCUCGGAAAAUAAUUCAAUAUACAGAGUCAAUCGAAUUCCACGGUACAGUCGAAUUGAAGUCCAUGAAAUACUUAUUCUUAAAAAAAAAAAAAAAAUAAAUAAAUAACUCGUGUAAAAACAUUUUGGAAUCGUGUAUUCUGAAAUGUUACAUUGCCCCCUUAUUUUCGGGCCGGAUUACUACCCGAUAUUGAUUUUCAAAUCGAUAUUAAAAAUUACAUGAAUAGAUAGAGCAUUUUAGUUUAAAUGCAUUUUGGUGUAAACACUUUUGAUUUCCGUCGACCCGCAGACGAGAUAUUCCGCUUUUAAGUUUGGUUAAGUGGAGAAUAGUGGAGCGUCGUUUGAGUGGCGGCACGGCACGAGACAUUUGAAUAGUACUCUACUACUCUCGUCUUACCCGAACUCGAAAGUGAAAAAUACUAUCGAACGAAGUGGUAUUAGUAGUAUUAACUAUUAGUACAGUAUUCUGCCCGCGUAACCAACAGGUAAGUUUACCCAGAAAUCAAGAAAUAAAAAUAAAUCCGCGUACCGACAGUAUUGUCAGUUGUUUAAAAUUGUGCAUAGAAAAACUGCUGGGAAUCUGAACAAAUUUAUUGAAACAAAAUGCCAUCAGACGAAAAAUCCGCAUAUUUUUAGGUAAAAAUAAAUCAACAUUUUUAAUAAUCGAAAAAAUGUUUUUUGAAAAAAAAAAAACACACGUUAUUAUAGUAAAACUCAUACACAUUUUCAAUGUCAUAAUUAUUUGUACUCGUAACCAUAAUGUUUAUUUAAACGAGAAGCCAUAAUAAUGAUUUUUAUAGGGGUUUUUUUUUUCCAUUUGAUUGAUUUUUUUUUUUUUGCGGUUAUAAAGGUUAUUAUAGUUUAAUAUAAUUUAUGGUUAUUGCAAAAGGUGCAGAAAUAUUAUUAUUUAUUAACAACAAAAAAUAUUAUUACAACAUACGUGUAUCGUUGUUAGUAACAGUUGACAAAUUACCCGAAGGAAUUUUCGCUUAUUCGUCUAGAAAUUCGCUAAAUUUAUGGAUAUUUUCGUACCGGUUUGCAUUAUAUUUGUAUACAAGGUCUCGUAACAUCGUCGACUUGUAUUUUUAUUUAUUUUUUUUUUUCAGUAGCAAUAAUACUCGUUCAAUUCGAUACUAAGUACUCAAUCGUUGUAAAGCCGACCGAAUAAAAUAAUGUUUACGGUGUCGUUUCGUCUUCGCCGUCUCUAUACAGGUGUACGAGCGACGAGUAGGCUUUCGUAAAAUAGUAUUUUUUAUUUUCGUUCGUUCAAAAACAAUCGAAUAUCGCGCAGUCGAAGAAAAUACGCGCGCGAGAUAAUAAUAUCUACAUUGUUUAUUAUUACGAUAAUAUUUGUUCGCGUUACAGAUAUGUUUUUAAACAUGUACACUUGUAUCAGAACUGGCGAAUACUCAUUCGGACAGUGCGCACAAGGUCACAGUCGAAUAUUAACGUCCGUAUUCUAUAGGUUGUAUACAUAUUAUUGACGCGUUUCACUGUCCACCGAUAAAAAAAAAAAAAAAAACAAAUAAAUAAAAACGAUUUAUAUACGUAUUGUACAUUGUGUGCUGCACACAAUACUCCAUUCACGCGGUAACGGACGGACAGAACACCCUACGCGCGAUGUAAUAUGUACACGGAUCCUUCCGAGUCGCAGCGCUGUUAUUACUACGCGACUAAAAGCGUAUAGGAGUGCGCGGAGUAAUCCCCGUAAUCCCGUGCGCUCAAAAAGUCAAAACUCUAAUAGUGUUAUGAAACUCGGAGUAGGCGCCUCCGUUUUAUUGUACAAUAUCGGACGGGGAAACUGCAGUGCGGAAAAUUACGUUUCGGACAUUCUAUGUUGCGGAUUUUCGCGUCCCGGAAACGAUGGCUUACCACCCCGGAACGCAUUGUUAAUAAAUUAAUUAUUAAAUCGAACGAUUGAUAAUGUCGUUUGGUUUGAAUUUAUUAUCGUGUACGUUGUACUAUUAUCAUAUGCGUAACGCGACGGCCGUGUUGAUGUUGUUGAACUAAAUCAACACGUCCGACAAUAGAAUAAUAAUAAUUCGUUAUCGAUUUUUUUUUUUUUAUAUAUAUGUAUUCGAAAAUAAAUAAAAACGAUAAUUUAAUAAUAAAUAUAAAUCUGCUUAUCUAAUAGUUUUACGCAUACGCGGUAUGUUAAUCGAAGUCGAUAAACACCAUUUGUAAACACGCGAGUGAUCGAUUGAUAUUAUAGUAUACACAGUCUUUCGAAUUUAAUAUUGUAAUCAAACGCGAAAUACUUAGUAUUAAAAAAAUUGACUUGUGUAAAAACUUUUUGGAAUCAUAUAUAUUCUAAAAUGUUACAAAGGUCGAUAUAUUUAUCCGCCUUAAUUUUUGGGAGCGAAACCACUAACCACUUAGAAUUUUCGAAUGGCGACCUAUAUUAAAAGUUCCAUAAAUAAAUGACGAUUAUUAUCCAGGACAAGAUAACGAGGAGAGCGUUUUUUUUUUUAAAUGGACAUAAUGACAUGCGUUUAUAAACGAGCUGAAUGACAAAUCAAGCUAAGAGUAUAUUGCAGCUUAAAGUGUAUUGGAGAGCGAACGCCUCCCCCCUGGAUCCCUUACUGUAUAGAUGGCACGUUCGGAGGUAGCGUUGUUAAAAAAGAAGUGAAGCGAACGACAGAAGAGAAUUUGUACAUAUAUUGUUUUUUUUUAUAAUUGACGCAAAAAACAAUAACUUGCAACAUAAUCAUUUGUGUGGCGACGAGGCUUACGGCGUUUGAAAGGUUUAAAAGGCUCAGCUCUUCUGUCUUUAUAUCCAAAUUUAAAAGUGGACUGUAUCGUUAACAGAUUGAUGGAAAUUAAAAACGUCAACACUGAAAUGUGUUUUAAACGAAUUUUUAAUAUAGAUUGCUUUUUGUAAAUAAAAAAUGGAUAGCGGUUUUAUAACGAAAACGUAAAACUACGUAAUAUACGAAUGCCGAAAAUUGUUUAAAUGAGUCAUUUUAAAAUUCGACUAUUACUUGCAAUUCGAAAAACCCUGUAUACACAUAUAGAUAUAUGUUUUUUUUUUUUUUUUUUAUCUAUAAUUAUUCGUUUGUUACGUUAUUGAUUAUAUAGGACUCGUACUAUUGCUCAACACCGUUUACACGCGAUUAUGACACAUUAUUGUUAUCACACAAUAAUAAUAUUAUUAAUUAGAUAGGCGGGCACCAUAAAAUAUCAUUCUAUGCAUAGAAACACUUUGUUGGUAUAAAAUGAUAAAUUGUUAUUAGUGUUGACGACCACAACAUAAUCUAUAAUAAUAAUAAUAAUAAUAGUAAUAAUUGUAUAACUACGCGCCCGAUUUGGCGUACAUUUAUCUGAAAAAACAAUGAUAAAAAUAAGAUUAAAAAAAAGCCGGCCAUAUCACGCACAGCUGGUGGGCUAAUAUUGCCAUAGGUGGGAAAUUCGGAAGGUGCAUACUUUAGGUUAAAUUUGUUUGCAUAUACUACAACGACAAAUCGUUGCGACCGAAAAACGAUUCCGGUCCGGAAAUUAACAAAAUCAGAGCCAACGGAAAAAAAUUUCGUUUUCUUUUAGAAAAAAUUCGGAUAAAUACUUCCGUUGCGUGCGCGAUCGUGCCGCAAUGCCGCAAUUUAUUGGCAAGACGUCGAUUUCCCCCCCCCUUCUCCGAAAUAUAUCGAUAUAACAAUUCUUUCCUAUAUCCGUUCGCCGUCUCUGUGCACAAUACCAUCAUCAUCUCUAAAACGCGGUGCAAUAUUCUUUCCUUAAAAAAUAACGUGUCGCGAUGACAAAUGGCCUCUGCGCGCGAACACGGCCGACCAUCAAUCUCUCGUCGAUUACACGCCUCAUACACAUGAUGUAGACGCGCGGCGUGCGCGUGCACAUAUUACACACGUAUAUAUAUAAUAAUAAUAAUAAUAAUAAUAAUAAUAAUAACAAUAAUAAUAAUAAAACGAAUCGAAUGUUACAGUAUCGAUUUUUUAAUAUUAUUUUUCAUUAGGAUCAUUUCAAGCAAAAGACCGCGCGUAAAGUCUAACGACCCCAACUGCGGACACCGCGCGGCCCAGCGCUCCGAGCGCUUAUUAUAUAUUAUUAUUAUAGUGCGGUUACGAGUUAUAGCGGUUAGAUAUUAUUAUUUAUUUUUUUUUUUUUUCAUUUCAUUCUAACGAACGGUGAAAGGAAAUCGUCGUACUUUCGAAUUGGAAACUGUGACAAAGUUACAUAUUAUAGUUUUGCGCGUCGCGCCGGUGGUCUUAGCCGAGUAACCGGUAACUGUACCGCACCUGGGCGCGUACAUAUGUAUAUCUUCGGUUCGGACGAGAAAAGGUUCAAAAGUCAAUUUCGUAUAGUUUUCAAUGCGAACAAAUUCGAUUUCGAGAACUGCUAAACGACGCCGUAACGGCAAAAUCGUUAAAUAUUGCUACGCCUGUACAAUAAGUAUUGGCGUUUUUCGAAACCCAAAUUACUAUCAGACUUUAGGUACACGUUUGGCUUUCGGUGUAAAACGUAUACGAAUAUACGUACACGCAUACUUACGCCAACAAAUAAAGCGGGGGAAAUAAUUGCCCAACACAAAAUUAUAGAAAACAAAAAAUGUCUACAAUUCGACUUAGUUCUUCUUCCCUAGAACCAAAGGGAGUCUGCGAAAUUCUUUUAAAACUUGAACAAUGCACAAUAUACGUAUCGAUAUCAUAUUCACUUUGAUAGUUUAGUAAUUCUAAAGUUAAUUUUCGCGCAGUAAAAACCACCGUACUCAACGAUAUGAGUUCAUGAAUGCCGAUACUUUUACAGACUCGUGUAAUAUUUGUGCGUAUUCGAUGUCUAUACGGGUACAAGUCUCUCCACCCCCGAUUGCGGUUUUGCGAUCGUUUAUACUCGGGCACCCAUUGAUAAUAGACAUAAUUUACAAACAUAUUUCUGACGAUUAUUCGAUUUGGAGACGAAUCGCGCGUUUGACAAUUCGGACGGUCCGUGUGAAUUAAAUAGUUCGUUUUUUUUUUUUUUCUCGUAACGGCUAUACGGUGAAUUCCGACGACUUGAAAAUUAAUCUGUGACGCGACAUUGGCGCGAGCACUGCAAUAUAAAAUGAUAUCGAUAAUUACACCGCGACUUAUACCAUUUCGAUUUAACUGUACGUGCUAUUUGUGUACAACGUAAGUAAACGUAAGUCUACAAAUAAAACUGGUAAUAUAUAUUGUGUACCUAUACAAUAGGUAUAGACCGACGAGUUAUCAAACAAAAUAUAAUUUUGUAAUGCGUGCAGCGCCAGUCUCGACGUGAUAUUAUCAACGCAAUACCUAUGGGAUUCGAGAAAGAUGGUCGAGAUUGGAAAAAUGAUGUAUAACCUAAUUAUUACAUAACAUAACAAGGGGGGGGGUGGUGAACCGUGUUUCGUGUAAAGGGAAACGAACCAAUUCAAGCCGAUUUCAAACCCUUGGCCCCUUAAGUCGAUUUACGGUAUUUUUAUUUGUAUUUAAUUGUGUUCUGCGGCGGCGAGUUUUAUUUGCGGCCCAAACGUUCCUGGUCCAAACGUGCUCCGCCCGUUGCGGUAGGUGCGAUAUUCGCAAAUAUAAUUUUUAAAAACGAAUGCUCUCAGCUCGGGCAAUCGAACAUACGGUGUUAUAUUAUACGCUUUUGCUUAGGAGUUUUUAAAUUAUAAUAUUAUUUAUUCGACCAAAAUUUAAACAUUUAUCUUUUUUUUUUUUUUUUUUUAUGUAUAGUAUAAAUUAAAUGCCUGAAUAUAGUAUUGUAAUGUGGUAUAAAACCAGUGCCGUCGUUUCAAUUUUUUUUUUCCUUCGACUCAUGCGUUUAUACCGGCCACAAACCCAGUCUAGAAUUUUCAACAUAAAUAGUGCUAUAUUUACGGGAGGGGUGGAAGAGAUCCACGUACACUAGAGUAUAUUUUAAUAUCGAUCCCCUUCAAAAGAAUGCCUAGGUACCUAACUGUUAUAAAUUAUGCCUGCCCAUCGGAAAUUACGCCACUGAACACAACAAAAAUAAAAUAACCGACAACAAAUCUAUUUAACCAUCUAGUAGUAGGUGUAUUCAGCGGCCUACGCAGGAUGAGGGGGACUAAAGGGCCGAAGUUCCCCCAUCGAUCGUAUUUAUAUUUUUCAAGUUUCAGCUGUAAUAAUAUGCAGUAAUAAUAAGGACUAUUUUUCAUAAAAUACGUCAUACUCGUUAUAAACAAUGAUUUUGUUAUUAUUACAACUUAGUAGUUAGUGUUACCGUACGUACGCGGGCUUCCGCACAACCUUAGAUUAAUGUCUAUGAUUUAAAAUUGUAAUAUUGAAUUUACUGAACUGAUGUUAAUAACAACUGACGCAUCGUUAAGUCAGCCUACAGAUGUUAUAGAUAAUACUAAUAUAACUUUUAAUUGGUGAACGAUUAUUAGGUAAGUAUGUAGAUAAUUUCGUUUUCACUUAUUUAUCUUGAGUAUCAAAGUAAUAAUAUUCUGUAUACGUUUUAUAUCUAUAAGAUAUACACUCGAAUUCCCAUUUGAAUCCUAUCUUCCAACUUUCUACACACAAUGGCGGCCGCGUGCAUUGAAAUAACUAGUAUAAUUAUGUCAGAAUUGAAAUGUUAUAUUUUUUUACGGUAUAAACCGACAAUAAGGAUAUUAUCAAAUAAAAUGAUUUAUGAUUAUGAACUUACGAGUUAUAAUCAAGAUUUCAGAUAUCUUAUUCAAGUGGUCAAUCGUUAUCAAAGUUUACCAUCCAAUCAGUAACCGCUUAAUAGUCGGUGUCUUAAACCGCGAUAUCGUAUUCACGGAUAAUUAUGUAAUAUUAUGAGGAACUUGAUAAUCACGGACAAUAUCUACGUAACGCUCCGAUCCCGUUUUCGUCUUUCGAAAUCAAAAAUGAAAUAUUAAUUUUAGAAACGAACCGACGAGGCGCCGUUGUUCGGGCCGGACGAUUUGUAAACCGGGCCGAAUCACUAUGAAACGCGACCGCGUACGCCCGGGGCGGUCCGGACGACGCCUCUGGGUGUGCAGCGCGUUACGGGCGCGCGAAACAAACCGCGCGGGUCGUGCCUAUCCGGCAAUUCGCCUGGCCACCCGGGCGUGCAACGCGGUCCGGGUCGAGUGGGACAAUCGCGACAAACUCGCGUAAGUCCCGUUGCCGUUAUCGGUCGUGUAUCGCGGCAACCGCCGCGCGGCGCGAAAACCGAUACCCGGGCGCGUCCUCGCCGCGGCCAAACGGAGAUCAACGCGAUGUUGUGCGGCGCGACGAGAUCACGGAGCGCGCGGUCGCGCCGUGAAAUCGCGACGCGCGCGCCGGCCGCGUGUGCAGCGAGAAAUCGUUACAAUAACGACGCGUCGUCGUAAUAACGGGCCGCGCGCAGUGCGCAGUGCGGCGGGCGACUGCGAGCCGGCGGGAAAUAAAAGUCGUCGGUUCACUCGCGUCGAAAUCGCGGAUAAUAUAAAAAUAAAAAAAAAAAUAAAAAAUAAAAUAAAAAAAUAAAAAACGUUCGUCGGUUCUCGUACGUCGACACGGCGGCCGCGGUUUUACGCGACCAGUCGCAAACCGCGCCUACCAUAACGAUUGCGCGAAAACCGAAAGUAACAAUAAUCAUCUACAGUAGGUAUUAUUAUUAUUAUUAUUAUUAUUAUGGUAUACGUCUGCCGCCUUCCGUUCCGUUCGCGGAUGUUGUCGGUGUCGUCUACAACGUGCGCACGCAUAAAAAUUGUUUGUACGCGAUUUUCGCGUCGCGUCGGUGGCCCCGUACAGCGCGGUGUUACGGUUACCGGUACUAUUGUCGUAACAAAUCGCACGCGCACGUUAUAAUAAUAACAGUGCGUCCGUGUCCCAGUCGUUUUGGCCAAUUUUUUUUUUUGGUUUUUUUUUUUUUUUUAAUCGGAAACUCGACACGUCCGUGGUAUGCUAUAAUAUUGUAUUGUAUAGUGGAAAAGAAAAACAAAUCGUUUACUGCGGCGAACGAGUGAGACAGCACCAGAAAAUAAAAAAAAUAUCGUAAUUCGGUAAGUUCGACCUUCGCGCUUCGUAGAUCUACAACACAAGAACAGCAACAAAAUAGAGAAAAUAAAUACUCUACCCGGUCGGCAAUCAAUGACAAGUUUAUAUUACAGUGAACCCUGCGGCCUGCAGUCUACACCUGACGCUUGCAGGACCAACAAAACGUCCGUUAUGUACAGCUGUCCGUUGUGGAGAGGUUCUAGUGUUUUUAGUCGAAUUUAUUCGGCUAAAUGCUUUUCUAAAAUUGUUUUAGGAGUUUAAGAACAGUCGAGUCAUUAUUGUCUUUGCGCUGAAUAAUUUUCACAAUUUGCUUUAAAUCAUAAACAACCUAUUCUGAAUAAACACAGUGGAAUUAUUAAGGUUUCUAGUUAAAAUAUGAGAGUGAGAUAUAAUAUUUUAUCUGUAUUAACUACGCAAUAAACGUUAUCGGUUUUAGCGAUACAAAGUGAUUAGUUGGACGUAAAAUUCGUUGGUUUCCUUGGUUUCCCUGUAAACAUUUUGCCCGGUAUACCGUGCCAACGCACACAGAAGUAUUUAAGUGAUAAAAAGGUACAUCAUAAAGCAUCACUCGAGAACAAGUCAAAGUACGUGAAGAGAUCUAUUUCAGCGUAAAACACAGCGGAGAGAAUCCCGAGCAUGGGGUUUAUCUUCGAGAUUUACGAACAGCCGACCAAAAAUCAACACACAUAUCGGGUAGAUAUAUAGAUAACACGGCACAGAAGAAAUUCCCCACAAAUCAAUCAUCGGCACGGUUUAAAAUAAUUAAAAAAAAUUAUUAUUUAAACACGGCCCGUUGUUUACUCCACCAUGUCCAAAGAGUGAGGACCGUUCGUGCUGCAGUGAUAGCGAAAAUUAAUUUUUAGACGACUUAUUUGUGCUUGUUUAGCCUGUACAAGUCGAUCAACCAAGACCAUAAUUUUAUAAGAAAACCAUUUAAGAUGUUUCUUUGUUGUAAGCAGAAGAAGUGAAGAAAUAUAGCCAUAAAAAAAAAAAACAAAUUAUUAUCCUUUCGGUUUAUUAUUAAAAAUCAAACGAUUUUGUUUUUAUUGUUUCGGUGUAUCGUGAAAUAUCACGGCGUAUAAUAUUUUAGUCAUGGUACGUGAUUCAAUCUGAUUUUUUUUUUAAUUCAUACUAGUUCUUAGGCAGGAAAAUAAGUCGUUUAUUAUUUUGUACGUUUUUCUUCGCUGCUGUGUUCAACGCUUCGUUUUUUUAGAAGAAACAUUUUUUACAAUGUUGAACAGGAUCACACAUUGUAACAAACGGUGAGUAAGUAUAUGUGUGCGUUUUGACAGAAUGAACUCGCUGUAACGUGUGGCAGUAGGUGUAAAAUAUAUUUCGUACCCGAGUAUUCUGAGACGUUUUCUGAAUCCCGCGGUCGAUACCACGGAGACGGGUUUUUACACUGCAGCAAUCUCGUUGUCACAAUUAAAUAAUUCACACUAUAAAAACACAUGUUUCAUUUCAACUAUUAUCAAAACUCAUAUGUUCCUUUCUAGAGUGUCAAAAGUCAUAUUUCAAACUUCGACCAAAAAAAAAUAUAGAGGUUACGACUAAAAUCUUAACUUUUGAUGGCAGUUUAGAGUUUUUAGUCUUAAUUGCAUAAACAAAAAUAUUUUCUAGACUUAACCCAUCUACAACAUUGACUUAUCCACGGUGCGAAGUACAUAUUUUCCGAUUUCAUUUUUUUUAAGUUUGUUAAGUAAGUACUUAUUUUAAAUUUACUGAGUUAAUCUAAUCGUAUCCAGUUCUCUCUGUACAAUAUAUGAAUAUGUAUAUAGGCACGUCGUCGUUUAAUUAUUCACACGGAAUUUUCGUAACAAUAGACCAUCAAGGUAAUGUUAGGUUAGGCUACCCACCUCACCGAGCGUUAUAAUAAUAAUAUUGUCUCGUGUGUCUGCUAGCUAUUAUGAUUACAAUAUUAUACUAUAUUGUCUUGCUUUUAGUUUACAUUGAUACGUCAUCUCUACAUUUUUAUAGUUAUAUAUUUUGUUGUGAAUAAAGGUUAGGUUAUAGGCAUAGGCGUGCGCAGGGGGUAUGCAGGGUAUGCGGUUGCAUAUCCUGAGCACUAGGCUCGGAUUAAGAGGGGAGAAUAGGGAUCUACGUCCCCGUGGUCCUCAAAAACCAUAUUAUGAGUGAAAUCAAAUAUUUGCAAAAUAUGUACGUUUUGUGUUGUAAUUCAAUUUGAAUUUUAAGUAAAAAUUACAUUUUUUUAUUAAACACAGUUGGUAAGACAUUUCAAUAUUUGUGUAUAUUUUUUUAUCAGAGUUUUACGAACUUAAAAUAACAUUCAGAGGCCAUAGUGGCAGCCUUCUGCGUACCCUGAAAAAGAGGCUUACCCACGCCUAUGGUUAUAGGUAUAAUAUUCAAUAUUAACCAUGUCUUUUUUUUCGUGUAUAAUAGAAUAUAUUUGAAAUGCCUUUAUACCUAACCUAACCUUUGUUUUUUUUUUUUUUUUUUACUCUCAGUCUGAUACCCAUUGUGUUGUAUGAUAUAGGAUUUGACCCGAAACGUCAAUUUUUCAAAGUGAGUAGUACAAAAAAUUUGGGUCAGGAGCUGGAACUGAAGCUAUACUAAUGCAAAAGGGAGCUACAUUAAUAUACACGGGAGCUCCCCUGUGUAUUAAUAUUAUAGUUCCAGCUCCUGACCCAGAACUGCCCUUGUUGUACUACUAAAGAGCUUUUCAAAUAUCACGAGUUUAUUGAAUAAAAUCAAAGUGUAUUUUAUAUUUUCUCAAUUUUUAGUAUAUUUAGAUAUUAGAUACAUUAUAUAGUUAUCGUUAACCAAUAUCUAUGUAAAACGGACUUGUAUCAACGAAAUAUGUGGAUAAAAAGAAAAGGAAACAAUCUAAACUUCCGAGUUUGAAGAUUGAUUACAUAGUGUUUUGGGUUUCGGCGCCGUAUAUAAAUACAGUGUGUUCCACAAAGAUACGCCCAAUCCGAUGUCUCGAAAAGUAUUUACUUUACUAAAAUUUUAUAUUUCCAUUAUAUUUUCCUACUCUUAUUUUUGUUGGUGAACCGACUACCUACGUUUAAUUUUAAGAUCGCAAAUAAUAUUAAAAAUUCCAUCCACAUAUAAGGUAUUUAGACUACACUUUUAAGUUUGGGUAAGAGGAAUUUAGUGGAGGAUCAUUUGUGUGCUGGAACGACACGCGGCGUUUGAACAGUGUUUGAACAACUACUCUCUCCCUACCCGAACUUAAAAGAGAAAUAUCUCAUCAGCAGGUUGAUAGAAAUUAAAAACGUCAACACAAAAAUGUAUUUAAACUUCGUCAAUUUAUGGAAUUUUUAAUAAUGUUGCUUUUUGAACAUCAAAAGUGGGUUAUGGUUUUUUUCACCAGAAUGAAAAGCAAAAAAUACAGACAAUGUAUAAACCUUAGUGUUGCUUAUUUUUGAAAUUGACAAAAAAACAAAUUCUGAAAAAAAGUUAGUACCUACUUUUUGAAAUAUCGCAACAAUAUAACUUGAGACUAAAAUAUGAAUUUUUUGUACAGUGGUGCUGGGAUAACGUAUUUACAGUCAGUUGCGAAAUGGUAUUUUGCGGGAAUUUCCGUCGUUGUCUAGUAUCACAGCCAAACCGCCAGUUGACCGGUGGGCUGAAUAAUUUAAGUCUCUAUUUUAUAUGUAUAAAUAAAUAUGCCUGGUGAUUUUUCCUAUUAUAAACCAGCGAUUAUCUACGAUGUUUUUGAUUUUUAUGGAUUUUAGCGCUCUUGUAUACCAAAAUACCCGCCAAACGAAAUGUGUGUAUUCAAGCGAUCUAUGCACGUUUAUAAAUUAUCACUGUGUACUUCGGCUGUAUUAACGUAUGUCUUUAAAGCUAAACAAAAUAGACAUUUAAAUUAACAAUAAAUAAAUGAAAUGAUAGAUUAGUCGAAGUAGUUAAAUACACCAAUAAUUUUUAGCGCUUAGUUUUACUUUACCGUGUUUAAUAUCUGAGACCUCGACCCUUGUGUAUUAUUUCUCAGUUACCUCGGUGCAGUAGGGAGGUACACAAAUGUGUUAUUACUUAUCAGUUAUAUUAUGUCAAACGUGUUUCAAAGAUACAGAACAAAUUAAUACCUAAUAAUGUAAAGUGUGUGCGUGUAUGGUUACUGGUAAUGGUAUUGCUAUACGAAAAAUAAGGGUAACAUGAAAUUUACAUGCAAUUUUCGAUUAUAUUACAAGCGCUGGUCCAAGAAAAAAAAAAUCACUCUAUAUAUUUGAAUGUGCGUAUAUCAUAUUAUUAUAAUAGAUACGUGUGACCUUGAGCGAUUUGCAAACAAUAUUGUCACCGUCACUCUUUUAAUAAUUCGCUUUUUUUUUUCUUUUUUUAUAGUAAUAUUAUGCGCACAGGUAUACGAUGAUUAGUCUCGAUCGGAGUAACUGUGCAAGUUCGUUAUAUUCUUCCUCGUCGGUGCGUCAAACCAGGCAAGUGAUUCAGAGGGCAGGACACCCCUUUUUUUCGAUAAUUUCGUAUGCAGUAUAGAGAGUAUACAUUUUCUAGUUUGGUAUGAUGUCCUUCCCCCAUAGACCUCUUAUCUCUCCGGUCCUGGGCCAAAGUAUAUACAUCAUCGAUCAAUUUAAUUGUGUUUGGACAUUUGGCAGUAAUCAUCGAUCAUUGUCAUGACGGAAUCUUUUCUUUAUUUUAUGCUCAUCACACUAGGCCUCAUCUAAGUUUUAACCUUUUAAAUCACCAGACACUGUUCAAUGACCUCGAUUUUAGGUAGAUAUUUUUUUUUUUUCCCCAUAAAUAAAUCCUUAGAUUUCCUUUUUCACAGAUUACACAUAUUUCACAUAAAUAUAAACACUUCAGUGACCACUGACCGGGAACCGCUGAUAUAGAUCAUCGAGAGGCAUUGUUGGCAAAAGGCUUGUCAUAAAUUGUACUUAGAAGUGAAACAAAGUUUUGGCGUUGUGUAGUCAAAUUAGUUUUUAUUAGCAUUUAAAGUUCAUAUUUUAACGCGAGUCACAAAAAUCACGGAAUUUCAAAACAUGUUUAACCGAAAUCGGUUAUCGUUAUCAAUAAUAUAUCGUUUCGUACAGAUAAAUUAAUACAUUUAUUUCCUUUUUUACCAAAUUUUCACCUACACACAGGUGUUACUUCAAUCAUUAGUAUCAGAUCAUCUUCAGAGAUAAAACACCUGCAAUAUUAUAUUUUUAAACGACAACAUUAUGAAGAACAAAUCCUCGGCUUUUUUGAAAUAUUAAUUAUUUAAAAAUGCAUAGUAUUAUUUAAAAAAAUAAUAAUAAUGAUCUUAAACAUGAUUGUUUGAUUGUUUUAUCUUCGUAAAAAAUAGUAAAAUAUUAGAGAAGUUUAUUCAACGAUAAUAAGGUUGUUCUUCAAAAUAAUGUCAUCUAUACAUUUUAUACCUAAUAAGUUUUAUUUAUCUCUAAAACCGAUUUUAAAGGCUUUUAUGUUUAUUUUAAAAGAACAGACAGAAAGAAGACAGUAAAAAUGGCUGCGACCGGUAUGGAAAUUUAUUAAACGCAUCUUAUUCAUUAAUCCGUCCGAAACGCCUGUGUAAAACACUUAUUCGCACGGUUUUUCGACGCUAUGUUUAUGCGCAGAUCAAAAACAGCGUGUGACACACGGAGUCGGUUUCGUGUGUUUACGUGGUAUUUACCGGAAUAUAGGUCGUAAACGUAUAUGUAUAUUCGAGUUGGUUUAUAUUAUGUUGUGAUGCGUGUGUAUAACAACGUCACGUAAUGUCGUUAAUUAUAAUAAAUAAAACUAGAAAAAAAAACCGCGUACGUUUGUCGUACAAUUUUGAGAAUACUUUCACGUCUUCGUUGCGAUUUUUGGGUGGAAACAAAAAAAAAAAAAAAAAAAAAAAAUACAAAACACCAGCCGAAUAAAUAACGAUAUUGUUCUCCAAUUGUAUACACUAUACCAUUAUAUAAUAAAAUACGUACAUUAUCUCGAUUAGGGCCACUAUCAUAAAAUAGGUACGCAUACUAUUUUAGAUAAGACGCGCAGAUAUCCGUUGUGCAUAAUAUUAUUAUUGUAUUAACAUAUUUAUCGUCUUCUAUAACAGUGAAAUUAAGUGGUUUUUUUGUUCUGUGCGCGAUCCACAGCCGAAUCUAUCGCGCACAAAGGUAUGAUAACAUGCCCUUAGGUAAAACAACAUAACAACAUUGUACUCGAGGGAGCGAUUUCUGUAUUAUUAUUAUACAAAAGAGAACGACAGAAUAUAUGAGUAUAUUCGCAAGUUUCAAACGUUUCGUGUUCGUUUGCUGUAAUUGGGAGUUUUUCAAGCGUUACUUUAGCAAACUUUACGAACGCCGACAAACGAUAGCAUUUGAAUGUUAGUAACAAAGGGGAAAUAAUUGUACGAUUCGUUAAAAACACGUUUGAAAGCACGAGUAUCAAUAGUAAAAAGAUAUUUGAAAAUACUGCGAAAUAAAUAUUAUCUGAACCUCCUUCCCCGAGGAAAUUUUGGAUUUCCUAUUCCAUGGCGGCACGUUUUAUACGCUUAUAUUAUUUUGAACAUGUGUAAUAACUCCAUUUAAUUGGAUAUUCAUUUUUCUGACACUAAAAAAUCAAAUUAAAAAAUUGUCGUUUUAACAGAUGUUAUUUUAAAGAAAUUGUACGAAAAACUAAAAAAGCACAAAAAAAAACCUCGAAAAGUAAAAUAGACCUAAAUAUGCAACAAUACGCGACAUUAAAUUACUUUUUCGCAUCUAACAUACAAUACGUUUCAUUUUAGCCGGACAUUUGUUUACGCCCCUUUAUGACAACGACAGCGAAUAUUCAAAUGUUAGAAGUCUUCUGCCCUAUUCAUAGAUAAUAUAUUAUUUUUAUUACAUCUCGUAAACUAUAAAUCCCCUAGCGCGAACUCCGCUUUCAGUACACAUCCGGUAGACAUCUAGUUUCGUCGAGUCUCUUUAUUCGUGCGUUCUGUUUUUUAUUCGUGGGCUUUAUUUCCGGGAUACGAUUAAGAUCCCCGGCAACGAGCGGGUAUCGAAAAAACGCGCAUAACGAACGCCGUGCACGUCGUAUAUAAUAUUAUUAUAGUAUAAAUUACAAAUUGUACGUCGACUAUUGGGAGUUAGGUUUUGGUGAUGCACGUGGUCUUUACGAGUAAUUUCCGACGUCAAUGACAACGGGUGCCACGAGAAUAUUCAUCGUGACGUCCUCGCGGUCGAGCUCCACGCACGUCCGUUUCAUAAUACAUCACAAUCUACAUAAUAAUAUUGUUAUUAUUCGUAUCGUUAUGACUGACGGUUGUCAUAAAAAUGUAUAUUUUUUAAUGUUAUAUAUAUAUAUUGCAUUUAUUCAGUGGGGUUCAUGCGGCGAGACUGUAAGGGAUACAAGUAUUAUUAGAGGUCAGCAUUUUUUUCGGACUUAUUUAGUUUGCUCCGGCCCAAAAAAGAAAAAAGCAGCGAUGUCGUCAGCAGCUGAUUGUGAUGUAGACCAUACUCCGCACUGGUGGUUUUACGGGGAGCGAUAGAUCACCUCCCCCCCUUCUGACCUUUGUUUAUGUAAAUUCGGGAAAAACUGAGAGAAUAGGUACUGACUAUAUAGUCUAUAGGUAUUGAGGUAGUAUUAGGACAACUGAAUGAAGGAGAGUUGAUGAACCAGUCAAUAGAAUAUGUAGGUGAGUUGGGAGUCCAGGUAGAACUGGUAGAAGUGGACCAAAAAAAAAGUAACAAGUGAUUAUUAAAAAAGAUAUGACGAAGGCAUGCGGUAUUAUUGCGGGGGUGAACGAGAAGGAAAUCUCAGAGUGCCUCAAUGUUUUCGCUUCACUCUGCGUCUAUUACAUACGAUGUGUGCACCGUGUGCAGCGUGAUUGGUGUAUCUACGUACAAUAUUAUAUUGUAUACGAUUGCGUUUAUUAUAAUAAUGUGUAUUGGCUUCCGCCUCAUCAUUUACCGACCAAACACGCGGGUACACGCGCUACGAAUUAAUGUGUUAUUUUGUUGUUCCCCGUCGUCGUCACCGUCGUGUCAUAUACUCCUCGGAAAUUCGUAAUUGCCGCACGUUUCAACGGUAAAAAAAAAAAAAAAAAAAAUAAAAAAAAUAACCCGACAAUAAGUAUUAUUAUAGUCAAUGCGACUCAGUGGAGAAUUAUCAGUCGUACGAGCGACUGUACGUUUUGGGUUCUCAAACGUCGAUCACGAUAUAUGAACUUCAUUUUUGAGCCCAAGUCAAAUGCCGAAUGUUCUUAUUUCGUUCUCUUUUUGUUUUUCGUGUUCGAAAACAUGUCUCUGUUUUAUAGAUAGACGUUUUUGAAAGUUUUUGUUUCGAUGCCCCACAGCAUCGAAUCGCGAAAUGCAACGAGAAUAUUAUGAGCAUGUACCGUGGUGUAGAUUCUCGUUACGAAAUUUUUUUUUCUCUUCUUUAAUUAAUCAACUAUCGCUAAUGCGUUAAAGGAAAACCUAACAUAAAUUAUUACGUUACGUUUGUCGUAUUAUCGUUUUCUGUAUCUUUGUCUAAGAUGAUAUUUAAAAGAACAAAAACCAUAGAAAUUCGCACGCUCAUCGUGUUGUGUGCUGAGCCGACAGGCGAAACGACACAGACUUAGCAGCGCUGCGCGCGCCCAUUGGCCAAAUUCACUUUUCACUUUUUUUUUUUUCCAUCACUUUCGUCGGGUCCUUUAAUAGUUCGCGUAAAAUAUUACGUGUAAUAACACAUUAUACUAAUAUGUAAUUAUAAUUAUGUAACAUUAUAAGUUCGUCCUCCUACAACAUAAGUCGUGCAAUCAUCAUAUUUAAAUUACAAUUUACGCUAUCGUAUAGCGAGGUGUUAUUAAGCCGCGGUCUCUGUUCACAAUUGACGAAAAUAUAAUGUGGUAUUCAAGAUUAUAUAAUAUAUCAUGUCCCAAGUGUAUACAUCAGUUUUAGAUAUUAUCUUCCCACGUUGGAAACGAUUAAAUAAAACGUUUUCAUUAAAUAUCGGAUAGUGUAGACAAAUACAUUUUAAAAUGAUCGACGUUCAACGCGGUGGCUAUAAUAAUACAUUCCUAUAACUGUUUUAUACUUUAGGCACUGUCUAUUUUUUCGUGUUUUAAUAUUGACCUCUUCAACACAAUGGCGAUAAGUUUAGACACCGAGAGAGCUCCCGUGAAAACUUUGGUGCGGAACGUGGAACAGAAACGCGGACAGUUCUAAAGGCGCAGAAAGCCAAAAUUUGAGUGUUUAAAACACGGUACCGGAAAACAACUUUGAAAAUCGCAUGGUUACGUAAAAUUCAAUAUCGGAAUACGUUUAGGAAAGGGGGAAAAAAGUGGAUUGGAUUUAAUAAAAAAUGGGCGAUGCCUGAAUAACGACAAUAAUCGAAGGGGGGGGGGGAAUUGAUGGGAAUCUGUAGAAAGGGGAAAACCAAGGGUGCCGGAAUCGUUUAACCAAUCCUAGGAUUGAAACAUGAAAUCAACAUAAACUAUUUACGGGCGUUUCGCGAUCGUGUUAUUUAGGCGGAAUAGAUAAACUCAAAUAGUAUAAACAUCUAAACAAUACGGGUAACACACGAAUAAUACCUAUAUGUUUUGUUUGGCAAUUUUCGCCUUCAAUGUAAGUACCUGUACAUAAGUAUGUGCACGAAAUCGAGGAUGAGACCAUUGACAUCGCGAUAUCACGUGUGUGGUUUUUUUUUUCUAUUCUGUUUCCCAGCGCGAUUAAUUAUAAUACAGGUACUCGUACGUAAUUGAUAAUAAUCGUUGGACACCGGCGGCGGCGAAAUAAUUGAGUAGCACGAGUGCGCGUACGUCACGGCCUCACGGGAAACAAAUACCGAACAAUAAUAAUAUCAUUAUAUUAGCAAAUUAAAUAUCCGCAACCAUAACGUAAUACGCUAUUAUCAAUAACGUUAUCAAAUCUGCAAAUCGAACAAAUAACGCUCGUCAAAUGUUUCCGAAUCGUACGCGAAUGAUGCGUAUUCGUAAUAUCGCAAUCCCGUGGCCAUUCAAUUUCUUAAAAAGUAAAACGUAAUACAUUUUUAAAAAAAAACGAAAAACACUCUUGCGGUAAAUAUUUUAAAUUUUGGUUCUCCGUACCGCAAAAGAAAUUCGUAGCCUACGCGCUUAUUUUUGUAAGAAUUUUAAUAUUUUUAAAAAUGCUAAUACUGUUGAUAUAGGUUUGUCACUGUUUCAGGAUGAAACUUUUAAGAUGUAUUAUACAGUAGUAUAAUCUAUAGCUGUAGAAGACCGUAAAUCAUUGUUAUCAAAACACGAUUCUGAGCAAAGAUCGGCUGUACAGUUUUUUGAAAUGUCGUAAUUAAUCGCACGAUUUUCACGAUUUUUGUCAAAAUUAAACACGAAUAUAAAAAAAAGUCUUAAGAUAAUAGGAACGGUUAACGCCACUGAUAUAGAUAAUUUUAUGUAUACAUGUAAGCAACGAUAAACAAUUGCUUACGAAUAAACGAUUCUGAGCGGAGUUUAAUUGAUAAUGAUACUUUGUCAACAGUAUAUGUCAUUUUAUAGUAAAAUAAUUAAAUAUGCUUUAUAUAUUUUCUUUAAUAAUAAUUUUUUAAUGUUGUACAGAUUUUCCCAGUUUUCCUACGUUUUUCCAUGUUUUAUCCCGGGUUUUCACAUUUGCUAGGAAAACUCUUGAGAAAAUCUAAAAAUGAACUUUCUUAAGUAUCUUCCUAGUGAAAUUUCCUUUUAGAAACAUUUCUGUGAUUAUAAGUUGGAGCAAAAUUGCUGGUAGAAUAGUUGUGCACAGGAUAAAAAAUAAACAUCUUUGUAAAACUAUAAGGUUCUUCGCUCUACUCAGAAUCUAAAAAAAACUACUACAUUGUACUCUAUUUAUUUUUUUUACUACUAAUUACACUUACGAUGAACAUCGUGUAUAAUUGUCAACAUUUCCGCAAAGCCAUAACAAUUUAAUGCAUAAUUAAAUCAAAUUAAAACUUAAAAUCUCAAAAACGUAAAUUUGUAGUUUUGACCAGAGAACCGAAAUAAUAAAAACAUAUAACUAUCCGGUUUCCCCCUCCCACGGUUCUUCACAUAUUUUAUUAAGAAAACUACAAAAAAAAAAAAUAAUAAAAAAAACAUCCUUUUUAAUACACCAACUAGAUAAAAUCGUCUUUCAAAAGAUACACACCUUUUGAAAUCCAGAUUAAGAUUGUUAAAAAAGUCGUUAAAAAUAUACAAACGACAUUAAACCCAAACGAUAUACGGUCGUGCGAAUAACUCAUAUUAUAAUAUCAGAAUAUAGUUAAAAAUAUAGUUUAAUAAAAACGACAUGACAGUAUUUUACGUUUAAAGCACACAUAUGUAGAAACUUUAUAAUCAUAUCAAGAUUUUUAUAAUCUUUUCGGUUAUUUUCCUGUAUCUAUACCCCAAGAUCAAUCUACUUACGUGCGUUCCUGCACGUAUAAAACAUAUUCGAAAUAAUAUUUUUAAUAACAUGUUCGUGAGGCACAUAAUGAUUAUUAUUAUGUUUAUUCAUUUAUUUUAUUAAUACUGUGUGAUUUGCAACGGUAAUUAUUAUAAUUUAUAUUUUUUUUUUUUUUAUUUUUUUUUAAUGCUGAUUUCCGAUUACGCGUACCCAUAAAUCUAUAUUUAAAUCUUAUGUAUUGUAAAAUAGUAAAACCGUGGUUUCUUCAAUAUCUCCACGACCAUCUCACCGACACCGUGUACAACAGUUUAUCCGGUUUAGGGAUUGGAUUUAAAUAUUCUGAAAAUAAUCAAAAACGAUCUUAACCAAAAAAUAUUCGCGAACAGUACCGAAUUCUGGUCACGAAAAUACAUUUUUCCCACCUAUUUCAUAUUAUACUACUGUAUGCAAAACAAUAAAUACCCGAAUACUGUUGCAACGUUACACAACACAAUACUAUCAUCAUAGACGUAUUUAGAGGUUAGCCCCCUUUCCGUCUGUGGGAAUAUUAGCAACUUUCAGAGUAAUUAUAAUUAGAACGAUAUUUUGUCUAAAAUUAAUGUUUGCUGGCGUACCAGUGUCCCCUCUGCGUCCCGAGAACGUCGUUUUCAAUAAAGAAAAGAAUAAACAAAUUGCACACGAUAAACUCUGGAACAAGAAGACUUUGGAGCCAACAUUUGUUGAAAUCGAAAAACUAAAAUAUAUGUAUAAUUUGAAUCGACAAUAUUGGAACCCACAUUAGAUGAAAUCAUUAAAAAGUUAUACUGAAAGUGAACCGUAUUACAUAAAGCGCUCGACAGAUAUCGUUGUGCGCCGUGCCGCUGCCGCACUGAUUCCAAAUACGUGUAUUCGAAGUUUGCAAAUUCCAAUUUUGUCAAUUCCAACUUAUAUCGGUUCCAAUCAACGUCGAUUUCGUAAUUUUAGUUUUCAACACCUAUUAUUCAAAAGGAGUUUCAAGCAUUCCAAAGAAUAGAGGGAAAAAUAUACAUAUACUCGCAGGACAUACACAAUAAUGUGCAAUGUUUUCUAUUCGGUAACAUUUGAAAAAAAAAAAAAAAAAACAGAAAUCAAAUCCACUUAAGAUCCUUCCGAUAAAAUCGUUGAAUCGCGACAAAUGCAUCACCUUAUGUUAGUACUACGUAUUACGUAAGUAGUCAUUGAAAUCAUCGAGGUGAACGUUCAGAUAGAAUUUUUAUAAUCCUUUCCUGAAAACACCCUCAGCGAUGACGUGUAAUAUCUACGGCAUUAUAUUGCACGUUUUUCAAAACGAAUUAAAUUUUUUUUUUUUAUUCCACCGGGAAACAACGUGUAAAUUAUUAAAACGAUAACAGUUUAUACGUAUUUAUUAUUAUUAAUAUAUUUCUCAUUAGCUUGUACAAUGCCGGAACUCCGACUAUAGAUCGGCGAACACCCGCGGUAAAUCGAAAUCGCCGAGUCUGCACGUCCAGUGUACCUACCUAAUAUUCGCUUAUAUCGCCUCCACCGUGGUACUUCAUCAUAAUAUUAUAUUAUUAUUAUUGCAAAGUAAAUUUAUCUUUUUUUUUUUUUUUUUUUUUUUUUUUUUUUAUGCUACUUCGUAAAAUAAUGAGUUUAUACACAUAUAUAUAUAUAUAUAUAUAUAAAUAGGUACGUACCCGAGGCGAUUCUUAACGUCGUUUCCCGGUUCUUUUAUUAUUAUUAUUUUUAAUCAACGUAAUUUUCGACGAAUACACUAUCAUUUCGGUGCAGAAUAGUUCAAUACGACCUACAAGGUCAAUCAAUCGAAAUUAAAUUCACAACAAGAUAAUAUCCUCGUCUAUUAUAAACAUUUUUGAAUAUUUAUUCCAAUUUUUUUUAAUAAUUCAUUAUUUGUUUGUAUCAGUUUGAUUUACAAUCUGUACAAUAUUCCAUUAGACUUGUAGGUCUUCGUACAAUACUACAGUGGAUAUUGUUUUUGUAACCAUACAAAAACACGAAUGAUAUUCUAAAAUUUUACAGAACCCCGGAAAACAAUGCCGUUAGUCCAGAGAAAGUUAGUAGUCGUGUUAAUAAUAUAUUCAAGUUGAAUUUGAGAAGAGGUCUUAGUAAAUGUAAGUGACUAUUUAGGUGUAUGUGCUAACCUCAAAGAAUAUGGCGACCCAAGUGAGUAGUUUGUCCAGUAUUAGAAUACGAUAUUUAAGUUUGGUGAGGUUUGGUGAUGGUUGUAAAUUAAAGUGGGAGGGAUGAAGGGCGAAGUUAAAGUCAACGGAUUUGGAUUCGUUAAUCUUAAUUUUCCACGUUUUGAACCGAAGAGAUAAAUUUUUUACGUGAGUUGAAAAGAGAUUGAAACUGUUUGCUAAAAGUCCGUUAUUUUACAAGUAAAGUAUAUUUAAUAUUUUAAAUUUUCGUCUAUAACCUUUUGGAAACAAUAAAUGCAUAAAUAAAAACACACCGGUAAUAUAUGUUUAGAAUAUUUUUCAAUAAACGAUUUUCAGACGGUCAAAACAAUAAUUUAAAACCGAACCGUAACCUCUUAUUUUACAAAAUUGCUUUUUUAAACCCUAUUCGAAACACGUUGACGGUUUCAGUUCCUGGAUCAAAGUAAUGUAUUGACUGGCGGUUAUUAUUGGGUCCGAACUUACCGCAAUGAUAAGGGUGUCGUCAGCGUAGAUUCAAAAUAUUCCAAUUGAGUUAUUGUUUGUCUUGGGAAUGUUCGCCGUGUAAAUAGGGUAGUAGGAAGAGAUUAUUGUUAAUUGGCACAUCCGUUUUUGUGGGUCUAAAUAAUAUAUAUUUACAUAAACGAUGUAUUAAGUCAACAGAACAAGUAAUUUGCCGUCCAAUUUAUCGUCGUAAUUCAAUUGAAUAUACCAGCAAGUGCACAAGUCGCACGUUUCUUAUUUUAAUUUUCGUAAUUUUGAAAGUUUUCAAAAAAAAAAACACAUGUAGUUUUGUUUUUCAAUAGUAUAGUAUAAUAGUAACGGAAUAGUAUUUUCGGUUCUUUUAUUAAUGAUAUCGCUUUUCCCUCGUCAUACACUAUAUGUGAAAUUUCAAAUAUGUCUGCUAUUAUAAUAUUACUGCUGUACGCGAUUGCGUGUCGUAUUCAAUUUAAUGAAACAUUUUAUACAUACAUUGUUAGUGCCGAAAAGAGUUUUCGGCGGGUUAUGAAAAUUGUUAACCUAUCGAAAAAAAAACACGAAUAUAAUUGUGUCGGUAAUACGUAACAAUAUAUUCUUCGACGGAACUAAUAAUUUGUAUUGUAUUCAUCGUGUGUUUUUAUGCAAACAGUUUGAAAAACCAAUGGGUACCUAUUAUGUAGUGUAUUCGUAUUGUGUCGAUAAAUUAUGCAAAACUUCAAUACGCACGGUAGACAUUUGUCGGACAUUUUUUUGUGGGUUUGUGGGUUUGUGACUGUUUACACGGCAUAAUUUCGUAUUUUUUUUAUUUUUUAUUUUCAGUAUAAAAAAAGAAAGAAAGACCGACAUACUUCGCACAAUGAGCGGGCCGCUGGCUGUUGUAGGUGAAAAGUUGGGAAGGUAUAGGCUAUAGAGGGGAAUUUAAUGUAUAUCUGUACACGACGAUCAACCAUUGCCCGAAACGAUUAUGGACGGAGUUCGGUCAUAAAUGUUUUAAAAGGCCGUAAUAUUUUCGUCAAAAUUUGAUACUAAAAUUCUUGUAUAAAAAAAAAAUAUAUUAUAUUGAACUCGACGUUUUUAUUACGUUUAGAAAAGGCAAAUACACGUAUAAGUUGUUGGUCCAAAAUUAAAGUGUCUACAAACAUUUUUAACUGAAUUACAACAAAAAAAAAAAAAUAAAAUGUAUAAUAAUAAAAUCUUUAUUUUCGUAAAGUUUACCGUUUUUCUUACGUUUUUCCCCAGUUAAUUGUAAUCAAAAUAGCUUGAAAAAUCAACAUGAUCGCCCAAUAGGAUCAACUGUAUAAAAUUUUCUUUCAAAAAUACUGCUACGUUUGAAAAUCAGAGCGAUAUUUCUGGUAGAAAAGUAGUUUAUAAAUUAUGAAAGAAAAAAAAUCAACUUUAUUGUAAAACUAAUAUGCAUUCCUCGCUCCGGUCAGAAUCUAAAAUAAAAACAUGUGUCUUAUACUAUAAUAUAACACCCAUAUACCUAAAAUCCAGACUUAGCAUUAUCGAGUAAAAUGUUAAAAGUCAGGUUCAUUUUAAUCUCUGUUUUUUUAGAUACCGAGCGUAGUGAGGGAGCAAUUGGUUUUACAAAGAUGUUUAAUGUUUUUUUUUUUUUUUUGUUUUUUGUUCUAGUCUGUAAACACAUUUUUUCCAAGUAAACUUUUUCCGAUUUUUACGUGUAGCAAAUUUUCUGAAUGUUCAAGUUGUCUUAAUAGUACUUUAAACAGGUUUUUUUUUUUAUUUUCGAUGCCAUUUUUUCAAUAAAAGCACUUAAGUGGAAAAAAACGUGGGAAAACGUAAAAUUUCACGACUUCAUUAUUUUAUAAAAACGCGGACAACGUUUUCUACCAGAAAAAAUUAUUUAAUCGAAAAAUCAAGACACCUUUUUUGGUGCCUUUUUGAUUUACUUUCUAAUAGUAUCAUCGCCAAAACUUUCAAGUCUUUUUUGAGCUUUAAAGUAAGUUUAAUUUUUGGUAGUUUUUUUUUUUGCUGUAAUUUAGUUUAAAUACACGUAUAGACUUGAAACUUGGUAAUAAUACUUAUAUUGGACAUACCUAGACGUGGUCACAUUUUCAAAACCGCCGGACGACUUUUUUUUAAAAUUUAAUUUAAUUGAAAAUCGCAAAAAAAAUUGUGGCACUUCAAAUAAUGUAUUACAGAACUGCGCUCGAAAUCGCGUUUCAUCAAGCAAUGGUUUUUAGUGGUUUACAAAUAUAAAUAAAAUAACCUUAUGUAUCCUACCUUCCCAACUUCUAACCUACAACAGUGGCCGCUCCCGUCCCCAGUAUAAGCGAUUUUUUUUUUAUUGACUAAUCUCGUUUUUUUUUCAAAUUAAUUAACAACAAGUUAAUUUUGAUUUAUAACACGAGUUAAGUUAAUUACAAUUUCUUUAAAUUUUAACAAUGCCAUUUUAAAUUUAAAUUUCACCAACACUAUUCGAAUAUAAAUGAAUAGGUUUUACUAUUGUAAAAAUAAUAUAUUAUAAUAUAUUUUGUUCACUCAAUAAUGCAGUGUGUAAAGUUCGCGCUUUAAACAUUAAUGAUAAUAUCACGACAAUAGGUAACAAAUUUACACAAAAAAAAAAAAAACAAUUCACUUGAAACUUGAGUUUCAAUAUAAGUUUCAAUUUAAGGCUGGGCAAGUUAACGGUUUUUUUUCAACUCGGUUAAAUUGAAUUUAAAUUUAAAUAUAGUUCAUGAUUAAAAGUUAAUUCGAAAUAACGUAUCAAUUCGACCGAGUUAGAAUCCGACCGAAAGUUCAUAUUAUCAUUUUAACUCGAGUCCGGCCAAUCAAAACGAAUUAUUUUUCAUUUGUCGUGUAAAAAAUUGUUAAAAGCGAAAUCGACUCGACUGCGGCGUGUUAUGCUCGUCAAUGCCCGGCCCCGUCGAUACGGCGUUCUCGAAUCGACUUUCGACGCGGCCCGGUCCGGGCGACGAAACGAUACCGGCGGCUUUUGACGCGCGUCGACUAGCCGUGUAAUCGCCGUCCGGUUACAUUUACCGCGCGUAUUACUGUUGUUCGCGAUCCGGUAUGAUAAUGGAUUGUUUCGUUCGUGUGCCACUACAGGUCUCGGCUGGUCGACCACGCGUACGGUCUGUACUUCAAGGACCAGACGUACUAUAGGGUGAGCAACAUGGACGGCCGGAUCGAGAACGCCGACCACCGGCUGACGGACGACAUCACGGCGUUCACGUCGUCCGUGGCGCACCUGUACUCGCACCUCACCAAGCCGCUGUUCGACUGCGCGCUGAUCGCGCUCACCUUGGCCAGGAGCAGCAAGCGAAUGGGCGCCGCCGUCGUGCCAGGUGAGCCCGUUUACGAUAACGUCCGCUAAACGAUAACGCCCGUGCCCCGGGGUCGCGGGGGAAAACCGUACGGAACGGAAACGCGACGUCGCGCGUAUUGCGCCGCGAGCGUAGGCGAAUCGCCGACCGCGACUGCGGCCCCUCGUCCCCGGGUGUGCGUACGGCGAAAACAAAAUCAAAAAAAAUCGCCCGUUCCGCGUCUAACCGCGCCGACGGCCAACGGCGCGUACGAACCUACACACCCGGCGCCUGCAACGCGUCAAUAACCAUACCGCAGUACGACGCUCGGUCGCUGUAAAGUGUUAUUACCGCGCCGCCGUUCGGUAUCGGGUGCAGAUAAACCGCCGGGGAAACGAUAAUCGAAUUGAACAUUAUCAAACACCGCGAUUGGGGUGACGUGAGGCGAGGCCGAGCUCGGGACUUAUCGCGCUUGAAAUUCGGGGGGGGGUGAGGGAAACACACACACUUUAAAAAAGCCGGUCCGAGCGAAUAUUAUUAGACCGAAUGGUGGAUUGGUUUAAAAACAAGGGUCCCCUGUCCAACGGCUGUGGAUGAUCGUUGAAUAUAAUUUCCUAAAUGAUUAGUUAUUUUGUUGAAAUAAAACUGUAAACAAACGUGAAAUAACUUUGGGUUAUAAAUAAUUUGUGUAGCGUGUCGGAAAACCGUAGUUCGCGAGUGAUAAGGCCGUUCGAGAGGGAACACAUUUUAAACCCUUCUACCGGUUUUUGGAUUUUCGAAAUAUUUUUCAAGUGCUUUUGCGACGUUUUUAAGCGGUUUUUUUGUGGAUGUCACGCGCAACAAGUUUCGAGCCGUAAAUAUACGCAGUAAUACUGCGGCGUGGGAGAAUAAAACCCGAAAACCGCACGUCAUUCGCAAAACGAUAUUAUAAAUCGGGGUUCGGGACUUUGAUCGGUCGCUUAUUAAUUUGUAACUGCAUUAUUGUUUUUCGAAAUCAGAUCGUUUUUAGCGUUUUCUUAGCAAUUUUUUUUUUUUUUUUUUGUGUGUUAAUUUUUGUAUCAAGAAAGUUUCUACAGAUUUUUACGAUUGGAGCGAGAUUUCCGCGCACAGAACUGUUGUUAACGGAAAAUGAUUCUGAGCGAGUUCUAUGAAACAUAUUAAUAUGUUUUGAAAUUCCGUAAUUUUUCACAGUCUAAAAAGAGCACGCAUCGCUUCGCUCAGAACCUAAAAAUCAUUUUUUCCUGCUCCAAUAGUGUGUUGCGCAGGCUGUAAAUAUCGAUAAAACAAAAACCACAAGUUAAAAGACAAAAUAAUUAACUUGAUUUUUAACACUGCGUUUAACUGAUUAAUGUCCGCCGUUGAUUUUUAGUACUUAUAGUAAUAUAUUCAUCAAUGGAACUCACGCGGGGUUUCGCGCGACAGACGAGAGCGUUUUGAUCAACAGAUGUUUUUUUUUUUUUUUUUUUACUCAUCUGUGUUAUUUCCCCCAUCAGCUUCAUCCGAUAGGUUACAUCGGACCGUGUAACCUUAUAAUAUUAUUAUGUACAAGUAUCCUGCAGUGCGGAACGCGUAACAAUUGCACGUAUAUAAUAAUGCAAUAUCGAAGAAAAGUGUAAUGUAAAGCUGAUAUAAUAUAUUGUUGCGUUUUCACAUAGCGUACAUAUCAUCACAAUCGCUCUAUGUGUUCGUUUCGAACAAUCGUUACAGUAAUAAUUCCCUUCGACGAUUAUUAUUAGCCGCGCGAAUCGCAUCGACCGGCAGACUUUAUAUUGUUGUCUCGGGACGCCUUCGAAUAUGCGUGUGUCGGCGUUUUUUUAUUACGCAAAAAAAAAAAAAUUCGAUCUCUGAACCUCGAGUCCGGGUGGCUCUGGACGAUUGUAAUAAUAUCGAUAAAGGCAGUACCCUUGAAGAUUUUCGAAAUCCUGUCCUAUCCAGGUAUACCUAUAAUCUAUAUACUACACGGAUUCUCCGCUGCCGUCCGGUUCAAACGGACAAAAACGAAUACAGACGUAUACAGGUCGGUAAUCCGGGGGCAGGGUGGGGUUGUUAGGUAUUCCCCCACUAGAAUUUUUCUCGGAGGACGGCGAUCUUUUAAUUAACCGUUGCGUUGGGAAAAAGAGUAUACUGAUAAACAGGGCUCGGGACUUUAUGCACUUAAUAUCCACAAAAGAACGUCAAAGAGUUCUUUGAAAACGGACUUAUACUAAAUACAAUUUUCGAAUACUACAAGAAUGAUUAACAUCAGUUUUAAAAAAAAAAAUUUUAGUAUGUACUAACACAAAUUUUGUGUUAAUCGUUUUUGCAGUGUUGUAAAAUUGUAUUUUAUGGUUAUAUCCGUUUUGGUGGAUGGAGAUGGAAAUUUUAAACUCCUUUGAACUCUCUGUCUCUUUUGCUUUACAUUUUUUUGUUUUUAGGGCUUUUUUGACGUUUUUAAACUCUUUUCAGUGGAUUUCAAAUGCAUGAGGUCCCGAGCUCUGUUAAUAAGUGAUAAUCUCGUGAUGAUUAUUUUAAAUAACUGCGAUUUUUUUAAUGUCCCCCCCCCCGUUUAUAACUCUCAGUUCACUCUCGCUAAAGAAUUUAUUGAUUUAGUUGGUGAGCCUAGGCGUAUAGGUAAGUAUUGGUACCUACACAGAUAAAGUGCGAGAAUUUCGAAUUCGCGUUUUAACUGUGCCGCGAACUUAAUAUUAAAACGGUUACAGUUUGUUUCGGUACAUUUUUGACGUAUAGUAUUGAUUUCGAAGGCCAUUUUCAUAAUUUAAUUUUAGACGUCGGGUGUACCGAGAAAGCUUUAUUAUUAUAAAUUGUACAUGAAAAACGUUUUACGUUUCCCGGCCGUUUAGCUCGCGACGAGUGUCUAUAUUAUAAUAAAAAAAUAUUUUUCUCGAUUGCGGUUUACAACAAUUCUCGCGCGUGUACAGCGCGGUUGUAUUCGUUCGGAUUGCCCGUGGUUUCGCGAGAUAACGUACAAAAGUAUAAUAUAUAUAUGUAUGUAUGUAUUAGUUUGCAAUUUUUUUUUUUUUUUCCCCGUACCAUAGCGAGACACCAUUAUAUAUUAUAAUAAUAUUACAAUAUGCGUAAAUGUAUUUUUCGUCCGUGAGUCAUCGCGCCGUCCGUUCGUAUUUAUAUUUAUAAAUAUUGCUCGCUAGCUAUUUACUAACACGUGAAAAAGAAAAAAAAAAACGUUGACGAAUGUCGUUUUGGAAAUUUUUUUAUAACAAUCCGACGGUUUAUUGCAUACUACGUAAAAAUGAAAAACUCGUCGUUUUAUAGGGAUUAUAAUAAUUAUGUUUUUUUUUUUUUUACAAAUUUGUAUAGACUUGUAACAUACUUACGAAUUCGACUGCGACAAACGAUUACUCGCGAUAUUUUACGCAUGCAGCCGUGGUCCUGGUUCUGCAAAAAUUGUAUUAAACAUGUUUAUGCCGUGAAUUACCUUGACGGAUUUGAGGGAAGUUAAUGUUAUGUGACGAUCAACCGGUCCCCCUUAAACUUUAAAAUAUCAAGUAAUUAAAUUAUCUAAGGUAUCUAAGGUCAUAAUCGGGUGAGGGGAUUUCUAGUGGCUUACGUUUUAACCACAAGAGUAUAAAGAUCUUUACUUUAUUCAUGGUUUAAUCGCAAACAAUAUCAGUGCACCCAUAGUAAAUUAAGCUAAUUUUAACUUAUCCCCCCUACCCGAAAUUGUUUUCAAUUACGAUCUCCCGAUCCCUUUAGCACCUCUGAUACCGGUUCGCCCCUACCCUUAAAAGAGCUUCAGAUCCGCCACUGAUGAAUUAUGUGACGAUAUUAUAUGGGUACAGUUUGUAAUAUUGAAUUCAAAUAAUUUUCUUACUAUCACAAAGGUAUCGCCGUAUAUAUUUAUAGCAUAUAUUUUCACAGAUUAAUCAAUAAAAUGUAUCCUCUUAAUAAAUGGUUGCUUUGACACUCAUUUUAAAUCUCUUAUAGGAGUUAAAUUGCGCAAAACAUAUUUUGAUUAUUAAUUUGAAAGAUACCCAAAACAAAGUUUUGGGUUAUUAAACGCAUUAAACUUAUAUUAAUCUCUUUAACCCCUUAAUGGUUUACCUACCUAUUGUGUACUUAGUGGUUUGGGCUGUACACUGGUACGACAGACAGUCAGUUUUUUCUUUUAUGUGUACAGGAUGUUCCAUUUAGGUGUAAAAAAACGUCAAUACCUAAAUUUGUUUUUGCUAAUAUUCCGACUAUCUAUGGAAAUUUUUAAUAUCAAAAGCAUGGAACCGUUUCACUCCUAAAAAUAACGGUAAAAAACAGUAAUUUCACAUUUUAGAUUUUCUUGUUUUUUAAAGUGUUAAAAAAAAACACAUCGAGUGUAGAACACUUACAUAAAUGAAACACUCUGUAUAUAGAUAUAGGUUUUCAUUGAUUUUUUUUUUUUGAGCGAUAUUGAUUUGUCAAAAAACGCGAAAUACCGUAGAAAAAAAAUAUGCAAACAGAAACAUUGUCGUGUAACAAUAUCCAAUAUACUGUAUUGUUACAAUGUAAAUAAUAAUUGUCCCAUUAAGUGCAUCGCGCGUCUUGUAUAAUAAUAUAAUAUUUUGUAAUGCCGUAUCACGUGUCGUUUAGGAAAUAUUAUAAUAUUAUUACACAGGCAUAUUAGGUAGGUGCCUACGUACAGUAGUAGUGUAUUACCUAUUCUUAAACACACAUAUCAUCGAAACCUUCGGUAAAACAUCGGAUUUACCGCGGACUAAUACAAAUCAAGGUCUACCUUUAUAUUUUGAGCAAAAACAUUAAUAUGAUUACGUUAUUAUUAAAGAAACGUAUCGUCCGCAGACCGUGUUUGUAUAUGACUAUGAGAUUUUAUAGUAAGAAAAAAAAAAUACUAUGGUACGGCAAUCAUUAUUAGGUUAAUCGUCAUAUCAUUACGUAUAGGUACACCAAUCUACCUAUCUAUCUGCCUAAGUUUACGUCCUUCUGCGUUCGAAAGUACGAAACUGUACAACAUAAAAUAAAUGUAUAAUAAUAGAAAGCUAUUAUAUCAUGUUAACGCGGACGUCGACAAAAAUAACUAAAACGAUUCAAUCGACCAAGUAGUAUAAACAAAAAAAGCAUUAAGUUUAAAGUUAAAAAUUAACAGGAAAUAAACCGAACUAACUUCCUUCUUAAAUGUCCUACAAAACAGAUUUCGAAAAGAGUUAAUACUUUCCGAGAUAAUGAGUGUCUUACGAUAGAUUGAUCAUUGAUUCUGUAUAGUUAAGCUUAUUAUAAAAAAUAUCCGGGAUCGUAAAUUAAUAAAAAGACACGUUUACGAAAUAAUUAUAACGAACGAAAUUACGUAGACCUAUGUAAUAAGUGAGCUACAUAUUUUUUUUUAACGACCGUAAAUAAAAUUAUCAUUUUUUCUAAAUAAUUAACGGUUGAACGUUUGUAGGAACAAAACAAACGGAUCAAAAGUAAUCGCGUGUUACCUACGUAAUCUUAAGAUCUUAGAAAACAAAUUAAUGUUAUUGCAAUGAUAUUGUAAUCAUGAUAUAAUCAUGCUGUAGGUAAAAACACCUAUAUCGUGUAGUAGGUGAUGUUAUGCAAUUAUAAUGUAACGGAUAACUGAUAAUUGUAUAAUUUUGAUCCCAGAUAAGAAGGGUUUAAGCCGAUUUCGGAAUCUUGUUUUACGUAUUUUUUUGUUCUAAACGGUAUGUGGAUAUAUGUGUAUUCGUUAUAAUGUUGUGUUAAAUUUAAAAAAAAAAAAAUUAAAACCAAUACUUGACGUGUAAACAAAUAAAGUACUUAUAAAAUUAAAAGUGAAAAGUUAUUAUAGUUAUAAAAGUGAACAUUUUCUAGUGCAUAUUAACUAUAUCCGUCAAAACUAGUUUUAACUAGUGAAAACCGGUUCCCGCAAAUCCCUUUAGUUAUUUCUAGUUUUGACCAGUUAAAACUAGAACCAACUAGGACCUUCACCGAUAAAACUAGAUUGAACUUGUUUUUGUUUAGCUAGAACUAGUCGUGUCUGAAAUACAUUUGGUGAAAACUGGAAUUAUCUGGUGCAUAUCGGGAAUUUUUAUUUUGACAGUUUAAACCAGUUUCGCGAGACACGCACACACGUGGGUACAACGACCAUAACGAAUACUAACGAACUGGCAAAACUGAACACACGGGAACAAAAGCUACGGCCGGCCGAAUUAUCAUCUAUAAGGUACACCUUAUAAUCGGUCGAAGUUAUCGGUAUCUAAAAGCGAUCGGAUGGACGUCCGGUUAAACUUAUCACAAUUGAUUUGAUAGCCGGACGGUCGAAUUUAUGGAACAAUAUUUAGAGAUCGCACGUAAUCGCGUGCGUUUUGGGUAGCGCCGGUCGGAACACACGCGCUUCGGUAAAAUCCAGAUUUGAUUGACUUAUUUAAACCUGCAGUUAAUUCCAGUUUUCACCAGUCAAAACUGGAAUUGACUAAAGGGAUUUGUGUGAAACUAGUUUUGACGGAUUUCGGGUUUUAACUGUAACACACACACACACACACACAUAUGCAUAUAUAUUUCGUUCUAGUUUCGAUAUAGAAACGAUUAUAUUGAAAAUGUUUAAUUUAUAUACUAACGACACCGCGACAAUAUUGCACACGCAAUAUCAGCGAGUAUAGGUAUCUAUACCUAUGUACCCGUUCGUUUUGACUGUCAAGUAACGAAAAUAAAGUAUAAUUGUCGUUCUCAGUUUUGCGUUACCAUAACAGUGUAUACAGUACGUGAACGCGUAUAGUUCGACAAAUAUAUUAUCGCAUGCAUAAUUACAAACGAAAUGAUCGGUGUAUAGUUAAACAGUACCGAACAUUCUCAAAUAAUAAUUAUUCGGGCGUAUUGCAGGUAGACAUUGACAGGGAUGGAUUAUUGUGAACGCGUUUUGGCGCAUGUCGCGCGGAGAGAAUUAUCUGAAACAGUAGAACUGUAGUGGAAAUAAUCGUAACAGGAAAGAAGUGGAGAGGAAUACUGUAAAAGAGGUGGUUGAAUGCAAUCGAGAAUUAUACGAGGACAACCUGGUGUAUGUGAGUUAGAGGUAGACCGGGUCAAGUGGUAGUUUAGAACGAUGGUGGCCGACCCCAAAUAAUUGGGAUUAAACCGAAGGAAAAGAAGACGAAUACGUUCUGGUGCGUGGAAACUUAUAAUUAGCCAGAGCACAAUAAAUCAAAAUUGAUUUGCAGUGGUUUGAAAAUUCGUUCGUUUUAAUAUCGUGUAUAAUUUUUAUAAUAAAUGUAAAUAAGAAGGAACAGCAUCAGAAUUUUUAACAUAAACAUUUUUACAGUUUAUGAUAAUAUUAUUUUUUUGUAAUUAAAUUUAGAUUUAAUAUAAAAUUAUCUAUGAUGGUGGAAAGCAAAUAUCACUAAUUCUCUUCGGGUUGUAAGAAACGACUUAAAAAAAAAAAGCUCAAAAUUUGAAUUUAGUAUCGACACGACUACGUUGCGUUUAUAUUUUAUCUCUACAUUGGUUUACACCCGACGUGAUUUAUCAAUCAAUAAAUAUUGUAGUUUUUAGACUAUUUUUUCAAUUAGUAUAUUAAAUUCCUAUCGGUUUAGAGUUUAGACGAUAUUUUUAUGUUUCGAAAUUGGUAUACACGGAUCUCGAUUUUCCGGCCGUUUUACAUAUUGUCUUAGUUUUUUAUCAUCCGGGGCAAAGUGAGUGUACCUCGGUUAUUAAUUGAUAAACUUAAACGUCCAUCACGAAAACUAUCGAAUUUCCGGUGGACCGAUAAUCCGCCCUUGGGCACUGGUAAGUCACAGUGAAAAAAAAUCAAAUACAAUCACGAUGUUGUUAUUAUGAGACCGCUGCACUUACCUCGUUACCGUUUUGUUUAUCUUGGCCUCGCUUUUCGAUAGUUAUAUAAUACGAAUAUAACGUGUAAUCAAUAUCGCAGUAUUAUAAAUCUGUAUCCACAUUCGCGAUAUAAAGUACACCGUUAUGCCCCGACCGGAGCUUGAAAUUUAUUUUUACAUUUAAAUUUGUUAUUAUAAUUAUUUUUUUGGAUUUUAAACAAGUGGAUAAUUCAAAGUGGAUAUGAUUCAAAUUGUACAGGUAUACGCUAUAUGCAGUACAGUAGAAUCGUAUUUUUGUUUACUUAUAUAUUAUAUUCUGUUAUGAGAGGACACGUUGUGUACUAUCCAUAUUUAAGUGGUCAGUUGAAUUAUCUCCGAUAUUAUUGGAAAAAAUAAACACGAAUACGUAUACACGAAAGUAUUCAAAAUCACUUUCAAACACAUUUACGUAGAUACUACGAGUAUAGAGUCCCGUGUAAAUUACUACGAGUAGUGUUUAUUGUGCAAUCGUGAAAUAAUAACUUUAAAUGAAACAAAAUACCAACGAAGCCGUUGAAUAAUUUAUUUAUUUAACUUGCAUGUAUUUGCGUGUUUAACCACAAACAAUAAAAUAUAACACACACUAACCCAGUUAUCGCAAACAUUUGUAUGAUAAUAUUAUCAUGCGCAUUUUCAGUGCCCAUCUAUUUAUGAACAUUAACAUUCUCACAGGGUUGUUAAAAAAGAACACUCGCAUAGUAAUUUUAUCUUGACAUUUUUUAUUUUAACAAAAUUACAAGGGGAAAGAAAAAAGUUGAUAAAAUUAAUUGGCUUUUUUAGAUUCGGUUUUUGAAUUCUCACUGUCAGUAUAAGUAUAAAGGAAGACGAUUUUACGAUUUAUUUAUGAAUCAUGAUUAUUAUUUACUAUAACACUGCUUCCCAUCGACAAUAUUUCUGUUUCCCGCCGCUAAGCGAUAGUAUAUUUAUUAUUAUCAAAUGCUGCAGCAAACGAAAUGCAAAUGCGUUUUACGAUUUCCGGGUCGUUGUAUCGGGUUAAAGGUUAUGAAUGUACGGCUAUCACAUAGCGUAUGAAGUAUACAAUACAUCUUUGUUAUUGUUAUUAUUAUAACUAUUAUUUUUAUUGUUACUGUCGUUGUAGUCCGCGCCGUCACGAUAUUAUCGAUAUCAAUAUUAUAAUAAUAUAAUACAGCGUGAUCGAUUUUAUUUUUGAUUUUUUUGCUAUUCAGCGCCUUCUGAAGUCACGGGAAACUACUCGUGUAUUAUAUCCAUUAUGAAUACGACGUGUUCUCGAAAACCGUCAUGAACGAAAUCAAGGAUUUCGUAGCAUGCUGCAAGUGCAACAAUAAUAAUUGUUAUUAUACUAUACGUAAAAAACGAAUAAGCGACGGACUAGUUAUUAUUUUUCAAUACAACGGUACAAUUAGGUAUAUAUGGUAUCGUACGCCGACAUACGUGGAAAUAGCGGGGAGGACGAGCUAUAAGAGGGUUGUUGGGGAGGUAGGGUGUACAUGGUUUUAUUAUGUAAUGUUAAAUCAUUGUUACGAAAACAAUACUGAACGGAGUCGCGUUUUUUUCCCCCGUUUCCAAAGCGAUCUUGCAGAAAUAAAUAAAAAUCGAACAUCAAAAAUUAAGCACCCGGAGAGGAAGUGAUAAACUAAUAAAAAAAUCGAUAAAUAUUAAAAAAAAAAAAAUCACCGGCCGAAAUUGCCGCCUCUUUUAAAGUAUACCACGUGAAAAAAUCGGAACAUUUUUACAAACCGAAAAACUGUAAAAGGAUUAUUAUAGUAAUCAUCGUUGUCAUUAUAGUUUCGUCGUUAUACGUUCGGUAUUGAAAACUAUUGUAUUUUUUUUCAAUAAUUAAUGUUAAUCGGCUAUACCAUUUGUAUUAUAUUUUUUUUUAUAACGAGAUCCGUUUGCUAAAACCGUUUCGCCGUGAGAUGAACCGGAUAUUAUUAAAUAAUUCAUACGCAUAGGUACAUAUGAUGUAUAGCUGUUUACGUAACUGGUCGUACUUCGUUUGUAAAAAGCGGAAGUGGAUUUUCAAAUAAUCACCGUGAUGAUCAAAACGGAUACUGGUUUACGUGGUUUUCACAAAGUCGGACUUCACGGACGCGUAUAUAUAUAUAUUAUUUUAAUAUACAAUAAUCGGAGCAACGUGUCAGGCAGAAAAUUUCUUCACAGACAAGAUACAAAAAAAAAAAAAAAAACCGCAUCACAUUAGUAAACAGCUCGAAUGGCCAGUUUGACGGGAAAAUAUUUUUUUAUUUUCGCCACACAACAUUGACGUUAAAAACAUUCAAAUCUAACCAAUUAAAAUUGAAUGCACAUUCGAAUUUUGAAAUCAUUUUUAUGAACUGCGUUGUACGAUGUAACUGUAGUCGGUUAAAGUCGGUACAUAUAUUGUAUAGGUAAUAAAAAAUAAUAUUCUAUUAUCUCGGUUAAGGUAAAAAUCGAAUAAAAAUAAAUCAAUUUGCAUUAACAAACUUAUGAAAAAAAAAAAAAAAUGUGUAUUGCAAUCAAGUUCGCCAAGAAAAACCCGUGAAAACAAUGUAAAUACACGUUGUUAUUUUUCGAAGAGUAUAACGUUAAUAAAUUAGUGCAUUUACUGGAAUAACCAGUAACGACUCUGCGAAACGUAAUCUCCUUGACCCACUGUUUCAGGGAUAUAAUACGUAUACUCGCGUACAUUUCAAACGGAAUGAAUUUAUUAUCAUAAAGUGUGUGCGGGCGGGAGGGAAGAAUAUCUCGCUCGGAUCUUUUCUCGUGCAUAAUAUUUACAGCGUUUUCGUUACCCGUCCGGCACAAACAUCCCCCGAACACCGAUUACGAAUCUUAGUGUCAGAAAAAAAAAGAAAUGAUAAGAUUAACAAAAUACAAUAAAUAACUCGAAAAAACGCCGGAAUAUUUUGACAAAAAACACCGCGUCUAGAAAGUGCCAUUAUGCGCGUUCGGUAAAAAUGGCAACGGUCUCUAAACGGAUUAAAUACAGCUGACGGGUAUACCGCCGUUUAAGGAGAUAUUUUGAAAGAUUCGAUAUUGCUAUGUAUAUCUGUAUGUGUGUCAUUAUUUAAUUUAUAUCUACACGCGACGAAAAAACCAUUGAUAACGAAAAACGGUAAAACCUAAAAACAGUGAUCUCCUCAAUGGAACAACUCUACAGGUAAAAUGCGCUAUCAGAAACGACCACUGGAGUUAAUGAUCGGAACACGAUUUCCGAUCCGCAAAAAUGAUUACAGACAGAAAAAAAAAAUAAAAAUCCGUCGACAACAAUAAUAAUUGUCAGGUUUAAUUAAUAAUAUUUUUGUACGCUCGUGUGUUAUUUGUACAUAAAAAUAUACAAGUAACGGAUAUUUUUUUUUUUUUACCGAAGGUCCUUGAAAAAAUGUGUCCUCGCGGCGAGUAAAAAUAUAAUAUAUUAUUAUUUGUAUACUCGUAUAAAAGACGUACAGAUUUAUAAACGGCAAGCAAGGCUCGCGCAAAGAUCGAUUUUAUUCGCUUUCGAAAAUCACGAUGACGCGGGUCGCGUGCGGAAAUCCAUAAUAUUUUUAUUAUCCGAUAUUGCGCCGUUGUACCACGAUGAUAUUAUGGUUUUUUUUUUUUUUUUUUAUAGCGUUUUGAAUUCAAAUGAUAUUUUAAAAAUGAUGUUAUUUACUUAAAUGCCUCGAAAAAUGAUGUUAUUUACUUAAAUGCCUCGCCAUUUUCGUACCUAANACGCGGGUCGCGUGCGGAAAUCCAUAAUAUUUUUAUUAUCCGAUAUUGCGCCGUUGUACCACGAUGAUAUUAUGGUUUUUUUUUUUUUUUUUAUAUUUUAUGAAUCUUGCGGUCGUUUAAUUUAUUGUACUCGGACGACCUCUGGAUCGUAUUGCGGCCGAUUGGUUUGGGCGUGGCCAUUGCGCGACAGACGGAAAAUUCGCAACUAUAUUCUGAACCCCUAAACUGCACAUACCGUUUUUUCGAUGUUUGGACUGCACUUCAGAUUUUCAUUCUGCACGGGCUUGCUCCAAACAAAAACUACAUGGGACGUUUUUUUUUUUUUUUUAUAGCGUUUUGAAUUCAAAUGAUAUUUUAAAAAUGAUGUUAUUUACUUAAAUGCCUCGCCAUUUUCGUACCUAAUAAUGAAAAAAAAAACCGUACGUUUUGUACUGGUAGAUCAGAAAAAUCGUUUCGACUCGAAACGAUAAUAAGGAGUACAAACAAGACGAGAAAUCGCUUCGUAGGAUACCUACUUUUUUUUAUAUUUAUUACGCGAACACGUUUUUGGAAAACUGUAACGAUCGCAUAUAAUCGUGUGUAGUUUAUAAAUUCAUUUUCAUAAUAUUUCCGAGUUGAACUAUUCGAACCGCCCUUAGAAUCGCCUAUACGCAAUCCCUGAUUUAUCGAGCGUGUUAUACUUAAAAUAUAUAUUAUCGUACGGUUCGACUGUACUCGUAUAGGAUCAACGAAAUUUGUACAUAUUGUGCGUAUAGUUAUUAGUUAGUAUAUUAUAUUUGAAAAUAAACGAUUAGUGGAACUUUAUUAGUCGAACUAGUCAAACUUAAGGGUAAGUUCUACAAUACGAGCGUGUACAAACGCGCAUCAUAUUAUCGCAAAAAUAAUACAUUCCUCGCUACGCUCAGAAUCUAAAAACGGCGUAAUGAUGCGAUUUCGUCGGUCGCCAUGACAUGGCAUUCUCGUGCAAGUAAACGCGUAGUAAAAAAAACCAAAAAAAAAAAUAAAACCAACUAAAAUCAUCGCAGACUCGAUCGAAACGUCUGUUGCAGCAUAUAGGUACCGAAUCUAAUUCGAACAUCGUUGAAGUGUUUGAAGCCGUUUGUGGGACUCGAUUCAAUAUUAGCCUAUACGUAUACAGGGUGAUUUUUUUUCUUCGUCGCAUAAACCAGUGAUAUAAUAAUAAAACUAGAAUUACCAUGUGUGUGUACGGAUAAUUGUGUAUGGACUGAAUUGAGUUGAUAAUGAUUGAGUACAUAGUUCUAGCAAAACAAAAAAAUUUGUAACACUAUCACAGAUAAAGUUUUUCUCGAUUCGUUGUGAAUUAUUAAUAUUUCCACUAUAAAUACGGAAAGAGUAGAGCUGCACCGCGCAAAACCGACUGUAUAGUAAAAUCGCGGAUAAUAUCACUUCCUCUCAACCGAAUCCGAAUCUGAGUUAGAUUAUUUUUUGAAUUAAUAUUUUUUCCUCAUUUGACGCGCAUAUUCGGCUUUUUAUUCGUUUUUUAAUGCGUACAAAUCGAAACCCUAAAUAUAUCUAUAUGACUAAGACAACGCUAAUGAAUUCCAUUGUGGUUUAUAAAUUAUCGUAAUGUAAAAUCGUUGAUUAACAUUAAUUGAGGCACUUGAAUUAAUGUUUUCAUCAUUAUAUAGCAUACAAUAAUAAACACUAUUUUAAUACAACGACAUAGAUUAUUGACUAUUUAUUUUCUGAUAAGAACUCGCAUUUCCAAACACGCGUUCGAGAGGAGUGUAUAAGUAAUUACAUUAACGUUUCGAUUCUAUAAUUUAGACCAGAAAUACCGGGAUCGUCAUCGGUUUACCACAAAUUGUAUUGGAAAAUAUAAAAACGAGAAGUGGUUGUCAUCGGAUAUUUUAAAUUAUUAUUAUUUUUUUUUUUUUUUGAAUUAUCAAUAUAAUAUUAUUGUAAUACUACUAUAUUCGUUACAGUGUCGUUUUCCAUUUUUUUUUCGUGUUUUUAUUUAAAAUUAGGAACGGUUGUUUACAAUAUUCAAAGAUACACACGAAACAUAAUGUCAGACAUUUUCCAACUGAAAAAAAAGAAAUGUAAUCAAUUUUACAAAGGAUAAGUAUCUGUUACUAUAUAUGGCAUUAAAAUUUUUUUAAUUUCAGGCAAAUUUCUUCAAAUGAAAAAUCACUAUUUUUUUUUGUGCUCUCACAACAAAAAAUUAUACAAAAUAUUUCGAAAAUGUUUGCGAUAUUGCUAUAGUUGCUAAAGUUGAUAAGGCACAAUGUUUCAUUUUAAUCAACCGUUCCUUCUUAAUAUAUCAUAAAAUACCUAUAGGUGCCAUCUUUCGUAUUAUGGUUCUUAUGCAUUAUCACCACGCCUCGCGAUUUUUCUACUUCAAUGAGUGACUUACCCCACGUGGCAUUUUCCAUUUAUCCCCUGUCCUUUAUUUCUACCUGAAAAUUAAUGACUUAAGAUUUUAAGUCCUCAUUUAUCGAGACAAACUUCCUUAAAGCAGUAUCGGUUAUAGACGUAGCGGAUUUUUCUUUUUGUCUGACGUUGGUGUAGUUGAGGACCGCUGCGACUACAAUUCCUCUAUCGUUUUGUUGACAACUACAAGUGCUAUUAUGAAUAAUAUCCAAUAUCCGUAUUAUAAACCGUGAGUGUGUGCAUUGUCCGUGUGUUAUUUCAUCUAGUUAUUUUGAAUUUCGUUUUGACUCGUAAUAUUACAAUGACGUGUUGAACGCUGUGAUACAGACAAUAUCUAAUAUUAUAUUAUUUUAUCUAUAUGUAUAUACGUAUAUCUAUAUAUAUAUAUACGGGACCGAUGAUAUUGUUCUCUUAUUCAAUAUUUUCUUCUGGCCUUUAGAACUCUCCAAGAUAGUUUUCCCGCCGAAACGUUUUACUGUUCAUUGGUAAAGUCUGAUUUAGAAUUUUGUUCAAUGGUCUGGAACCCAUCUCAGUCUAGUAAAACAGAAAACGUAGAUAAGCUAAAAAAUUCGUUCUAUAAGCAUGAUUGGGUAUGAAACAGGCUUUGAAAUCGUACCCUGCUUUAAUAUUGCUAACCGAAUUGGUCUAGUGUAGUCAUUAGCUACUUGUCAGAUGUUUUCUACUGUUGUAUUCGUGCCCAAGUUGGUAAACGGUGUAACAGAUUGUCCUGAGUUACUGUACGAAAUUGGUUUUAGAGUCCUUGUUUUUGAUUCAAGACAUAAAUCUACUUUUCAUAUCCACUUUAGUAAUAAGAAUUGCCCACGUAAAUAACAGUCCGAUAUUCCGCUUGCCUAAGUCUUGUAAUGAGCCGAUUAAUUAUGGUUUUAAUGUCGACUCAUUUACCAAACUGCGAUUAUCCAUAUUUAAUUAAUAAAAUUUACAUUUAUUUAUUAAAUUGUAACCGUGGGUUAUGAUAAUAAUAUUGUUUUCUGUGUAAGUAUAAGUGUUUGAUUUGUAUCGAACCCUCUUACCUGACCUCUUGCGGGUGUUAAUUAUUAAAUAAUUAAAUAAAAACCACAUCGCCGCAUCUAACCUUGUCUUGAACGUCGUCUCUCGCUUCGCCCGAGGCUUCUAUUCGAACGGUAUUUUAAUACCUUCGUGCCUGUGAUUGGCUUAGCCAUUUUAGUCGUUUUCAUUAAAUAAAACUCGUCACCGGUACUAAGUUUACCAUAUUGACGCGGAAAGUGUUUUUCAAACGGUGUUAAAAAUUCAGUCGGCCGGACAGGAAAUCGAACCAGACUCUCUUGCUUGUCAGGCAAUUGCUCAACAAACUUUGCUUAACUCGGUGUCCUGACUUCAAAGUAAUAUUGCAAUAGAUUGUAACGUUUUGGACAGGAAACACUUGGUCAGCGAGAAACAAGUUUUAUCGCGGUCUAAUUUAUUUUGUUUAUUUAUUUAUUCAUAUUUCGUGCUUAUUAUAUUACAUUUAUAGAUAUUCGAAAUCGUUGACCGUUUCAUACACUAGCGAAUUCUCUGUUUUCACCGUCACUAUCGAUUAGCUCCAUCCGUUUGAUAUGAUCGACAUUGAAUUGAAUUAGAACGCGCGCGUAUCUACACUCCAAAGUGUUUAAUUAUAUUGUUAUAUUGUGUAAUACGCAAAUUAUAUUUCGUUGGAAACAAUAUUUACUGUGAAAAAAGUGAUACGCAAUCGGUUUUUACGAACCCGAUAAUGUCGAAAUAAAAUAAAAUAUUUAAGGCUAAACCCACAGAGUUUUUAUGGCCAUUACUCGGGAAUCACAUAACGCGUUUGUUUCAAACAUAUUCUCUUUGUAUUUUCUAACGGUUAGUAAAAUCGCGACGGAUUAUUAGGUAUAAGAAAAAAAAUAAUUACGUUGUCUGAAAGAGAGAAAGGUCCGCGAAUCGUCGUGGGUCGUCGUCAUUAAAUCGUAUGGCAAAGUCACCGAACCGUCACGAUUUUUUUUUUUGAAUAAAACAUAAUAAAUACAUAGCAUUGUAUAUUAUAUAGGACGAUUUAUUCACCACAGAUUAUCGUUUAUACGCUCAUUUUGGGUUUUUUCAGACAUUAAAAAAUCGUAUUUAAUCGUACUACACAAUAUUAUGUUAAAAAUGUUAUCCGUAUUAUUAUUCCGCGCGCUAUAAUAUCACGUAAACAAAUAUGUUAAUAUUAUUAAAAUCAACUUUUGAUUUUCAAAAAGCAACUUACUGCGGUUUUUAAACGCCGAUUUCGUAUCCACACGUUUAGCUGCGAUGUGAAAAUUGUAUUGGCAAUUAUUAUGACGUAUACCGCGGGAAACAAUAGGUAUCAUUUUGAAAAUAUUUUAAUUAGAUCAUUGAACGAUUCUACAAAGACCACGAAAAAAAAAAAUUGACUUUAAUUAUUGUUUAUCUAUACAGUUUAAUUACUGAGGUUUCGAAAUCAAAAUAUCACUCUGUAUAUUAUUAAUAUUGUUAUUUCUUGAAAACUCUUAUUUAUGGGACAAAUUAAUCGGUUGUUAAUCGGAACCAUGGGAAAAAACGAAAAAAAAAAAUCGCCUUUCUGUUAUAUGCUAACUAUACAUGUGUGUUUUAUUUUUGGACCCUGCCGUAGCAUAAUUUUCAGACAUUUGCCUAAGAGCAAAUGUUUUUUUCCGGAUUUUUAAAAACGAAAAAUUUGAGUGGCCUGCAAAAAAAAAUGUACGAAUUCAAAAAUCGAAAAGUCAAAUGUGUAAAACAAUAAUCUAUUUACGUAAAUGUGUGUAUGCGAGAAAAAUUAUAAUAACUGGUUUUUAUUGUUUUACAGGACCUUUGCUGGCCAUCGUCGUCAUAAGCAUUACCGGGCAGAUACUCCGGAUGCUCUCACCGAAAUUCGGCUCGUUGGUCGCCGUGGAAGCAGACAGGAAGGCGUACCUCCGGCACAUCCAUUCCAGGGUCAUAACCAACGCCGAGGAGAUCGCGUUUUACGGCGGUCACAAGGUAAAACCCGCUGAAUCGUAUUUUGGUUAUACUAACAAUCGUCUAUAAAAAAAAAAAAAAACCGUAUAUUCACAUCAAUAAUAAUAAAAAAAAGAAAAAACUGUCUGGGUCAAAACGGCAUACAAAAUUAAGUCAUUUUUAUCGUCCGCGCAGUGGUCAGCCAUGACGAGUAGUUGAUCGCUUCGUUAUGGAAAUCUAUCACGUAAAUUAACUUAACCUAACCCAACCUAACGGAUAGCGAUCGUCCCGUUUUCGACGGUAAUAUCGUGGAAUAAUAUUGAUAUUAUUGCGAUUUGGGUUUAUGACGCAGGCGAAUUAAUCAAGCGAAAUAAAAUGUGUAAACGCGGAUAAAUUAAAAAAAAAAAAACAGACUCGUCGAGCGGUAUCGUGGCUUAUCGCUAGUCGUGACAAUGGUUUUUUUUUUACGUUUUCUAGGUAGAAAUGAUCCAUUUGCAAAACGCCUAUCAAUCGUUGGUCCGGCACAUGAACUCGAUAUUCUCGCAGAGGUUGUGGUACGUGGUCCUGGAACAGUUCCUCAUGAAAUACGUGUGGAGCGGAACCGGCAUGAUUGUCGUGUCGUUACCGAUCAUAACCAGUUCCAGAGUAGCAGGUAACCUGCCUAUAUAAUGCACUAAACAAUCAACGGCCCAACGAUCGAUUUAUUGGUCGGGAAUUCAAUCUAAUUUUUAUUUUUUUUCGUCAUUAUCUGCCGUUAAAAUUACCACCGAAACAUAUUUUAUUCAGUUCCCGAUUUUUCAGACUUCUAUAAUUAUAAUGCAUAACGCGAAUUAUUUAUUUAUUCGCAUGACGUAACGGACAACGAAAACGAAUAUUUUAUGCAUUCGUAUACAGUUUUUAGGGGAAAACGGAACAAAAUAAUAAAACAAUGUUCGCUGUAUUUGAUUUCCAUAACGAGUAAAAACUCUAAAAUCACUUAAAAAACUUCAUGGUCAGGUAUACAUAAUAAAUACUAGCAACAAGUAAUGAAGAGGAGCCAAUUUUUUUUUUUUUACAUUUAUUUGAAAGUUGAUCUGAAUAUUUUUGAAUUGAUUUUAAGUUGGGGUUUUUUAACGUCGUUAAAAUUGCCUAUACGAUACCCCCUAAACGGAUACCGGACGGCCGACGACAUCCUUUAAUCCAGUUUUAUUUUUUUACUGCUACGUUGUUCUACUGCUUCACAUCUAUCCGUUCGCGAAAUAUCACAGAUCGAACCUCAAUCGUUUACCUCGCACAAAAAUCGGUCCUUUUGAUCUGUUUUCAUUCGGACGGGCCGGCAUAUAAAACGCGCACUGCCGAUUAUCGUAAUUAUUGAAACUGCAGUAUCGAAUUCCACGCCGAAUCGUUUUAUACACGGAUUGUGAAUAUGGCGGCUAUGUAACGCGAAUUAAGUACCUUGUAUCAUUGAUUUUACAAUAAACGUAAAUCGAUGAAAAAAAAAAAAAUAAAAAUCUAUGAUUUUACCCAAUGACACCAUUCGAGAAUUCGAGACGUUUAUUAUACGGUUUUUCGUUUACAGAACUCAACGACUCUCCGGACGGCGGGGUUAGCGAGCGAACACAAUACCUGACCACGGCCAGGAACUUAUUGGCUUCGGGCGCCGACGCCGUCGAGAGGUUGAUGACUUCGUACAAGGUAUGUGCCUGUUUAAAACAUCCGAAUAUGCUCGAAACCCGGCGUGUGCCGUUUAAAUUUGCGGAAACCGUACAGUACGUAUUUCGGUUGGAUUUAUAGCGUCGGGUCGAAUUAUUUGAUUUAGGAAAUCGUCGAGUUAGCCGGUUACACGUACAGGGUAGGCGCGAUGCUGGACGUGUUCAACGACAUGAGCAAGUGCAAGUACCGCAGAAACGGCUUGACAAACGGUAGAAUACACAAGACGUUGCCGAAAUUGCAUUACAACAAAGACGGACAACUUAUAAUCAGAGGUAAUAAUAAUAUGUAUUCUAUAACGUAAUAUAAGGCGACGACAAUUAAAAAACCGACAAUUUCAAAGGGCCCAGCGGCCAUUUCGUCCGUUAUAAUAACCACUCAAAGACCCGUACUAUACCUAUAAUAGUUGUUUUCUAUGGCUUAAUAAUACAGAAAUUAUGAAUAUUUGUUUAGUAUUCCGACCUUGAAACGUGCCUAUAUAUUCCGGCCAAGUUAAAAAGAAAUGCUUGAUGUAUUGAAUAUGAAAAUGGCUUUUUCGGGGCCGGUUUUUAAAUGUCCACUGUCGGGUCACUGUAGGUAUGGGAAAACGAUUCUGCGGUUUAUACGCGUUUAUUGUUUUCUACGUCCAGUUGAAAUCUCACUCACUGGCCUAUACGGUGUAGAGAUAUGUUUAGCUACGGUAGCCCGCAGGGAACGGCCGCUACGGAGCUCCGGACUCGUUUGCGCGAGGAUCUCGACGGCCACGACUCCGGCGCUCUACGGGGGCCACGUCCUAACAGUGCAGUGGCGUUUCACGAGCACAUUGAUCAAUGUCAAUGACGAAACGCGACUAAUUACGCGGCUCGCGUUUUCGUAACUAAUUAUAAUGUUACCGCGGUACAGGCGUCGUGAAAAACAGCCCGGACGGCAGCAUAUCGCUGUACGACGUGCCGAUCGUGACGCCCACCAGUGACGUGGUCGUGUCCAGCCUGACGAUGACGAUGAAACCGGGCGAACAUCUGCUGAUCACCGGCCCGAACGGUUGCGGCAAGUCGUCGCUGUUUCGGGUGCUCAGCGGCCUGUGGCCCGUCUACGCCGGCACGCUCAUCAGGCCUCCCAACUGUUGCAUGUUUUACAUACCGCAGAGGUAACGGCCGUUUAUUCUAUAAAUAAGGAUAUAUUUUUUUUUUUCCAUCCCUUCCCCCGGGUGUUGCGAUAUUACGAUAAUAACGGCACGGCGCUUUUUUUUCCCCCUCCGGUCGCAGGCCGUACAUGANUCCAUCCCUUCCCCCGGGUGUUGCGAUAUUACGAUAAUAACUGCACGGCGCUUUUUUUUCCCCCUCCGGUCGCAGGCCGUACAUGACGAUCGGCAGCCUAAAGGAGCAGGUCAUCUAUCCGGACACGCUGGUGGACAUGCAGACCAAGGGCAUCACCGAACAGGACCUGGAAGCGUGUUUGGCCCGGGUGCACCUGUCGCAUCUGGUGCAGCGCGAAGGUGGCUGGGACGCGCUGGCCGAUUGGAAGGACGUGCUGUCCGGCGGCGAGAAACAGAGGAUGGCUUUCGCCAGGAUAUUUUACCACAAGUGAGAACCUAUAAGCGCACAGCAGUAUUAGAAAAUAGCAACAGUUUAGUGAAUAUUAAUAAGUAGUUCCGUUGUACACUUUGUCGUAUACGCUGAUAACUUCGACGGCACUAACAACGUUUCGUCGGUAAAUUGAUUUUGUACUCGUUUUUAAUUGAACGCGCAUUUCUUCGUGAAAAGUUUUGCACGAAAAACCAUGACGAAAUAAUGGGUAAAAUCGAACACGCGUCGUUUACCGAGCUGCCAUUAAAAAAAAAAAAUACAAAAAAUACAAAACUAUGUUUAGUCACUUGAGCCAAAGUACAAUUUAACCGCGUUCGAUUUUGUCAAGCCGUCAGCUAUUCCGUAAUACACUGGAGUUAACUCUCGUAUCAAUAAUUAUAAUAUUAUUGCUCAUAAAUAAUACAAUUACAAUUUUAAUGUCAUGAUAAAUUUGUGAAUUAAUUUUUACCACGAAAUUCCCGACGAAAAUGUAUUGUUCUCUGACAUCAUAAACGUGCACAUUAUUAACCCGGUCUCGUUCUGUCGGUUUUCUUUCAGGCCAUCGUUCGCCCUGCUAGACGAGUGUACCAGCGCAGUGAGCAUAGACGUCGAGAGCGACAUGUACCAGUCGGCCAAGGACUCCGGCAUCACUUUGCUCACCAUCACACAUAGGCCGUCCCUGUGGUAAGCGACGAUAGGUUUUCUGACCGAUUGCGGAAGCGAUACUGCAAAAAUAACCACAUAAUGUAUAAUAUAGUUUAGAAACUAAAGUAAAGUCUUAUUAGUUGAGAAACCAGAUUUUCAUCAUAAAAAAAUAAAAAAAUAAAAUGAAAAUAAAAGCACUUUAGCAACGCUACGCAGCGACAGAAUAUUUUUAAAUUAAAUCACGUCUAAAAAUGCUAAUUUGUUGAGAAUUUCAGUGAAUACGAUGUAUACGAUUGUAUUUCACUGAAUUGAAACAAAACUAUAAUCUUUCUAAUACCAAUGCUCAAUAUUCACUGCUAGAAACUACCAUUGAAGUUAAAAAUCACGAUUGGAGUAAAAGUAUUUUAGUCAUAAAAUUAUUAGUUUACAAAAAGAAUAAUAAUCAUGGUAAAUCUAGUGGAUUCCCUGCUUCGGCGGAUCAACAUCUAAAAGUUAUGAUCUUAUUAAAAUUUUACGAUUGAUGUUUUUCAAUUUCGAUAAAAUAAAAAACAACAUUGCCCAGUUUUAGUAUCCAUUUUGUGAUGAAAAUUUGAUUUCUUCAAACUAUUUACAUAAUCAGGUCAAGUAUUUCUGUUAACAUUGAAAUCUAUUCUAUGAUUGCGUGACUUGCGUUGAAAUAACGGCACUACUACUCGGAAAUAAUAUAUUUUCAAAAUUAAUUGUUUAGCAGAUUUGUUUGCCUAUACGCGAACCCUUAAAUACUGUUUCGACGUUCUACGUGCGAGCUACGAGUCAUUCAACCGUCGCUUAAUACAUUAUGAUUUUCUCGUGUUUCAGGAAAUUCCACUCGCACAUUUUACACUUCGAUGGCGAAGGUGGAUGGAAAUUGACGACACUGGGACAAAAGGUAUGGUCGGGUAAUUUAGUGUUGAGACCAUAAUAAUACGUAGACACGACGAACAGACCGGGAAUGAUCUCAAAAAUAUAGUAUCGUAAUACGAACAGCAAUAUUUAACGGUUUCAGCAAAUACUCUCUAAACAUAGUAUAUUAUUCUCCCGGGAUCGUUAAAACGGAAUGUGAUCAUUCGCAUUCGUUAUAACGAAUCGACUAGGUUUAUUGCUUUUUGUUUUUUUUUUUUUACGAUGGUAUAUGAUUUCUAUGUCUAUGCAUAAAACUACCGUUAUUCUUGGUCUACUUAUCUGAUCGUCUUAUAUGAUUUAGACAAACCCGAAAUAUAUACCCGACGUAGGUCUGUAGUUUAUUCUAUAUUAUUACAGGAGAAGGACACGGGCGUGUUAACUGUUGAACAACCUGCACAACCAAAGGAAAUAUUGGUAAACGGAAUUUCUUAACGCGAAAAAUCAAAAACCUUGAAAACAUAUCUUGCCAACUUUACAUUAUAACCGAAACUAUAUUGUGAUUUUUUUAGUUUAAUGAUUUAUAAGAUAAUUAUUAUUAUUAUUACUAUUUUUUUUUUUUCGUAUCAAUAUAAUUAUGUUUAAUGAUACUCGCGAACGUUUUUCUUUCGUCGUCGGUAUAAUUGUGAAUGUACCGAUUCAAAACAUUAUUAUUAUUACUAUUAUUAUUAUUAUUAUUAUGUGUUUACAGUGUAUAAAUUAAGAACGUUUUGUUUUUUUUAUAUACAUAAUAUGUAUUAUUAUAUGUAUUUAAUAACUAUCGUAGAAGUAUCAAUUUUCCGAUCGUAAUUUGUUAAAAAAAAAAAAAAAAAAAAAAAAUAAUAUUAAUAAAAAAACCCCGUCUGUAUAGGUUCGAAUCGCAUAUUUAUGUAUUUAUGUACGGUAAACAACGCGUGUAAUUUCAAAUAUACUUACCGUCGCACAACGGUAUAAAGGAUAAUACAGCGUACAGGAACUUUGCCGCGUUCGCAUUGUUUUCGCCGAUUGCGAUUGGCGGGAUGGAGUGAAUCGUUCCGUUGAUCACGCCCAAAACUCCGACUGAUAACAACGGAUAUGUCGUAAUACGAACGUUGCGGACAAUUUGUCGUUUAGUCCGUGACCGCGGUUGGCCGAAUGACGGCCGUUAAUGAUAAUGCGAAUUCCCCUACUGUAUUGUCCUUUACACCGGGGUCAUACUGUAAUAUAUAUAAGUAUAAUAUUAUUAUGUUGUGUUUAAAAGAAAAAUAAAUUUAUAUUAUUGAAAAGACAAAAGUACAUAGGUUCGCCAGUUUGAUAUAUUACUAGCCGUUGAUCGUGCACAGUAUUGAACGUAAACAAAAUUGUACAUUGGUUUUUGAUAUUUCAUGUGUCAAAUCUACAUAAUGAAUGCGUUUGGCGUAUUGAACUACGACUGCCGCGACCAUAUAAUAUCAAUAAUAGUGGCCAUAACCAUUACCCCUAUUACAAUAUUAUCAAUUUUCGAGAAUAGAACCUCGACCGUGAACAAGGUUCUUAUGUAUUAUGAACUUGAACGCGUUUUUGAUUGACAAAUUAACUUUCACAAACAAUAUUUAUAAUUAUAACGUUUAAUUUAUGUAAUGUAAAUUGGAGAAUAAACUCAAAAAAACUUUAAAUGUCUUGCAAAGACUUUUUAUUAUCAAAGAAUUAAUAACCUUGCGUAAAAAUGCAAUUUUUUUUUAUUACGAUUGCGCAACCAUUAUAAUUAGUCAUUAUAGCCGUUGGUCGAGUUAACAUAAUAUUACAAUACAUUAUUUUAUGGCACGG